AUGCGCAAUAAUGGCUCCACCCUUUACAUCUGGGGUUUAUCUGCCAUGGCCUAUCUGGAACAGUGUCAGCGAAGACCCAAGGUCGUAGGUUUUAUAUUGGAGUGGCGUUUCUUAGAUAAAUGGCCUGACAGGGCUAUGAGCAUUAUCUGUCUAAGUUUGACCCAUUUAGAGCUAGCAUGCAGGAGUCACCUUGCAUGACUAAGGUGUUUGCCUGACUUCUCGGUUAAGACCUGUCUGAAUUGGGUGGCCCUUCUGGUAGCGAUGCUACCACCAGCAUAGCUCUUAACAUCAUCAAAGCACUAAAGCCUCUCCUCCACAAUGAGCCUAGUGUCCAUGGAAAGGACCUUAUUAGUAUAAAGGAAGUGCCAUGCUCCAAAUGGGGGCAUGUCAAUUACACAGUGAGCAGCCAGCAUCUACUCAAAAACUAGCAACUGGGCAGCUAUGGGUAGGGGCAAGGGGGGACUUCAAUAUAUUUCUCCCAUUUUUUUAAAUAGAUUCACUGUUUGCUGGACACAGGUGGGGGCUCUCUAUACCCCUUGUUAAAAGACCACUAUAGUGUCAGGAAAACAUACUUGUUUUCCUGGCACUAUAGUGCCCUGAGGGUGCCCCCAACCUCAGGGUCCCCCUCUCGCCGGGCUCUAGGGUGUGGAAGGGGUUAAACUUAUCUCUUUCUCCAGCGCCGGGCGGGGAACUCUCCUCCUCCUCCUCCUCGCUGAAUUCGCAUGCGCAGCAGGAGCCGCGCCCAUUCAGCCAGUCCAUAGGAAAGCAUUCACAAUGCUUUCCUAUGGACGCUGGCGUCUUCUCACUGUGAAAAUCACAAUGAGAAGAGCGGAAGCGCCUCUAGCACCUGUCAAUGAGACAGCCACUAGAGGCUGGAUUAACCCUAUUAUAAACAUCGUUUCUCUGAAACUGCUAUGUUAAUAGAAAAAAGGAUUAAACCUAGCUAGACUUGGCACCCUGACCACUUCAUUAAGCUGAAGUGGUCUGGGUGCCUAUAGUGGUCCUUUAAUGACUUUAUGCUCCUGACACAAUGCCCAUGUGGGGACUCGCAAUAGCUCCCCCGCAGACUUUAACAGACCUUAAGUAAUUACAGUGAGCAGCCCCUGACAGGUGGGGGCAUAAGAGAAGUUUAAAACCUUAUACCAAUAUUUCGGUCUUAUUGAUAAUUUGCGAAUGUCCAUCCUGCUGGAUGCAUUUUGUCCCAGGUUUGUUUAUAAAUAUCCUUUGUAUAAGGUUAAGAUGCAGAAAACACUGAUUUUGAAUCAGAUACCAAAUGCAUCUGGCUGAUUUCUGACCGGAAUUGGCCUUUGUAAAUAUGAGAAUUACCAUUCCAUUCACAAUUCAACUGUUUUAACUAGAUUUUGUCCAUCUGGAUAAAAUCUGGUCUUUAAUAAAUAACCCUAACAUACCCUAUUUACUAAGAUAUAUUGGCUACUCAAAAUUUCAGGUGUUAUUAGCAAUACAUUCCUAAUGCAUUUUUGUUCAAGGCUCCUGGUAGACUUUACAACCCAGUAUAUAUAUGUAUAUAUAUAAGAGCAGUAUUCAUCAUGAAUUGAAAUUUGGAUUUGAUGAGAGGUGAUUGCAAUAUUAAUUGAUUGCAUAUUGUUUUACGAAAACUGGGGAAAUGAAAGUAAUAUUUUAUAGAGGGAUAAACGUGGCAGAAUUUGAAGACUGACUGGAUGGGAAGUAAAACUAAGAUUAAAAUAAGAAAAUGGCACCAAAGCAUCAAUACCGUACUGUCGGGUUAGUGUUUGUAAGAAAAGGAAGAAGAAAGGUUCUUAUCUGCAAAGAUUUAGUUCAGAGUUUAUUGUCUUCUAGAUCAGAGGACAAUAACUCUUACAGAUCAGAGUUCAUUGUCUUUGGGAUCUUUCAAAAUAGCUUGUUUUAGGAAAAAAGUCAUAUUCAUCAUGGACAGCUUAGUGUGUAUCUGAAAUUAUUUACUUAAUUCUUCGGCAAGAAAAAAACUUUUUAUCUGCAUCAGACACUUUUAGCUGGUUGGACAAGACUGAAAUUUCCUCACAAGCCUGAUUUCUAAUCCGUGUUGUUAAAGGGACACAAUAGGCACCAAAACAACUUUAGCUUAAUGAAGCAGUAUUCGUGUAUAGAGCAUGCCCCUGCAAUCUCACCGUCCAAUUCCCUUUUUGUGAUUAUGAUUAUUAUCUGAUUAUUUUGUAAUUUACACUAAAAUAUCAAUGGAAAACCAUUAUCCGAAGCAGCUCAUCUGCAGAAGGCUGAGAUUAAUGAGAGUCCUAGUUGGACAACAGCUGGGAAGUCACUAGCUGGCCACCAUGAAUCCAAUGCAUCAACUAAUCAUUUUCAGAGCUGCGUGGCCCUUCAAGUUUCUAUAUUAUCACUAAGCAUGGUGUACAUACUAAGUGAACACAAAAUAAACCAUUAAUGCAAAUAGCACCCUCCAGUAUUUGGUAUAAUAAAUAUUUUUCGAGUUGUGUUUAUUUUCAGAGACAUUAUUUCCAUUCUUCUAGAAUAACCUUCAAACAUCUAGAAUUGAUGGUAGAAUAUAUUCCAUAUUGUGCUGACUUUACUUUAACCCUUAUUUUUCUGUGUUUGUAGAAAAAAAUCCCAUAGCAUUAACCGGUUUAUUCACUCAAAACCAAAUUGUUAUCACUUUAAAUAGUAAAUUUAGGUAAAAGACCUUGAUUUGGUAUUUCACCCAAAAUUUAGCAAUUUGGUUUUCAAUUCACUACAAUUUGGUGUUUAGUAAGUAAACAUUGUUAAUAUGAAAGUUUACGUUAAAAAUGUUCUUCUUUAUUUUGAGAAAUAGUUUUUAUUGUUAGCAUUUCGUAAACAAUAUUUGUUCCAGUAAGACUGGGCUUUCAGGGUGUCACAAUAAUGUUUUUAAUGCGCCUGUCCAUAGUGUUCUAAUGUGGACUGGUUAACAUAUAGACUGGUUAACAUAUAGACUGGUUAACAUAUAGACUGGUUAACAUGUCUGAUGUGAGGAUGGGUUAUGUGCGGUUCAUGGGGACCGCCCAAAUUUUAACAAUCGGUAGACUUGUGACACCAUAACCACUACAGUGCGCUGUAGUUGUUAUGGUACUCAGAGUGCCAAUUUAACACCACAUUCUUACAAAUAUGCUACAAAGAAGCUCACAUUUAUUACUGCAUCUUGAAGCAGCACAAUAUAUCAAAAGUAAAACCUAGACGUGUCCAUGGAGAGAUCACUGUAUCACCCUAUAACACUAUUAUGUGCCUGUUAGUCAUCAUGUGUCAGUACUGUGAGAGGGUCUUUCGAAAAAUUGAGAAAAUGAGAACUUCAUUAAAAAAAAAAAAAACAUACAAUGUAUGACAGGCAAGCUUUGAGUUCAAGGAGCCCCGGUCAUGAGCUUAGUUUGUUUCGGAAACUUUGACCUGUUUAUAUAAACCUUCAUUCAUCAAUUUUAAUCCCUAAAAUCUUUACAACUAAAAUAGUGCAGCUUUAUUAUUGAGUAAAUAUACUGCUGGACAGCUUUUGUGGUUUAUAACUUAAUCACAGCAGCCUGCCUCCCCCUCCUGCAUCCAAGCAGGUUCAUAUAAAUAGAACGGUACAUACAGGGAGCUAUUCACUUAAAAGAACACUCAGGGAACCAUAACAACUUCAUGGAAAUAAAGUUGUUCUGGUUACAGGAUGUCACUGGCACUUCCUUACCUUUCGGGGUUAAACGGUUUAACCUCAAUGUCUGCUCUGCAGCACCAUUUUCCGCUGUCCUUACCCACAUCCACUUUCAGAAAUUCUUUUGAAUUUACUGGUUGUUUUAGAGCGUAAGCUGAACACUCUAAGCCAGAUAACAGCACCCCUGCCCGGCAAUCUGAGAGAUACUGUAGGAGAAUUUCUGAAAAAGGCAGAGCAGAUCAUGGGGUUAAACCAUUUGUGAGUAAUAUAACCUCCUAGGUUAAGGUAAAAAAGCACAUCCUAGAUUUAGUGCUCAUGUGGGGAUGUAAUGGAUGACAUUGCUACUUUGACCUGUACGAUAGUCUGUAUCACAUGAUGGACAACUUAUCAAUAUACCUGCAGAUAUCAUGGCAUAUUCCACAAGUUUAUCCACAAACUCCUUACAAUUUCUGUACACCACUGUCCCUUGUCAAGCCUUGGAAAUGUCAUACGAUAGACUCAAUAAACUCUGACAAACUCUCUAUGGGGCCUCGCAUUCAAAACCAAUGUAUACAGAAAGUCAUGUUUCUGAGAAGCAGAACAAAGUGUAAUUAAAAAAAAUAAGAAAUGAAUAGUUACAUAGCAAGUUCAAAAAGUUAUUUCAAGGAUAUAUACAGGAAAAGAAAUACCCAAAAUAACUUCAUUGCCAUUUUCUUUAGAAAUUAGUCUGAAAUGUGAAGAUAGUUUUCUUUUGAGCUCCAAAUGCAUUUGCAAUUUUGUUUGAGCAAUUUUAUCUAAGCUAAAGAUUGCAAAAUUAAUAUCUCCCAGAUUUACUUUGCCAAUUGCCAUUACAUGAUUUAAAGGGACACUAUAGUCACCAAAACAACUGUAGCUUAAUGAAUCUGUUUUGGUGUAUAGAUCAUGACUCUGCAGUCUCACUGUUAAAUUCUCUGCCAUUUAGUAGUUUAAUCACUUUGUUUAUGCAGCCCUAGUCACACCUCCCUGCAUGUGACUUACACAGUUUUCCUAAGCACUUCCUGUAAAGAGUUGUCUAAUGUUUAUACUUCCUUUAUUGCAAAUUCUGUUCUAGAAUUUCAUAUCUCUUGCUCUGUUAAUAGUUUGCUAGAGCCUGCAUUAAUGUGUGUGAUUAAAGUUCUAUUUACAGAGCAGGCGGCAAAAACCCUUAAAGUAAGUUACAUCUGAUUGAAACCAUUUUGUUUUCAUGCAGGCUGUGUCAAUCAUAGCCACGGGAGGUGUAGCUAGGCCUGCAUAAACAGAAACAAAAGUGAUUUAACUCCUAAAUGGCAGUGAAUUGAGAAGUAAAACUUCAGAGGCGUGAUCUUUACACAAAAAACACUUUAUAAAGCUAAAGUUUUUUUUAGUGACUAUAGUAUCCCUUUAACCAAAACAAACAACCUAUGUAGGAUUCAUUAUCUAGUAAGUUCUGCUCUCACGGUUGUUAGAUUGGAUGUAUUAAAAAGGGCUAUAAAAUAUUAAUACAUGCGAUAAUAUUCCAAAAUGUAAAAAAAUGGGACAUCCUUUAUCUAUGAAGGAAGGAAUGAAAGAAUAUGUUAUUGUAAUUGAAGUAUAAUUUCACUUACAUUUUACAUCUGAUACUACCGGAGGAUUGAUAAAACAAAUUUUGAAAAAUAAAUGACAAUAUAUCAACAGUCAACGUGUACUCCUGCAUAAAGACAGGGGCAAGAUGCAGGGCUGCUAGAUAGGUUUCAUGUCCAUCAGUCUGAGAAAGCAAACGCUUCUCCCGACCAGUCAUCUCAACUAGGCCACAAUACAGACAAAUUUCCACGGAGUUACUGUAGCACUCCAGGCUGAAAUGGUCACAAGGUUUGACUACUGGGUACCCAGUUGAAAGGCAACAUUUUCCAAAAUAAUUUAAUUGAGGAGAUUUUCAAGGAAAUUGUUGUCUUGCAGAGCUCCAGUAGCAUGUUUCCACUUAAACCUCGUCCUAUUCCAACUAAAAUCCUAAUUUCAUUGUUCUUUUGCUUUAAAAUGUGAGACUUGACUGUUUGCUUUGAUAGUUAUUAUAAAUUAUAUCCUUAUACCAAUAAGCGGGAUUUAACAAUGUGCUAUCCUUUUGUUUAAUCCACAUUUUAUAUUUCUUUGUUAAAACAUCAAUCUUCCUUAAAAGAGUCAAAAUGUUACCUUUGUUUCCCCGAGUUAUUUCUGGUUGGAUACUAUUACCACGACAACUUCUGUUAUGUUAAACAGAAACUAUAGCUAAAAUACAUUUAUCCUAUAACUAUCAUCCAUUAAAUGUGAAAGUUUCCACACCUAGACUUUACAAAAGAUAUUGGAAAUUGCAUGUGGUGUUUUUUUCAGAUUGUAAAAUCAUUUGGGCAGGGCCAUCUUCACCUUCUGUUCCUGUAUGUCAAGCAUGUCAAACUUGCGGCCCACAAUGGAUAUAUUUGUGGCCCACGUGCCCUGGGGUCACUUUGUGUUGUGGCUGAGACCAGCCGCAAGACAGGAAAGAUAUUUCCUGUCUGAUUCUUGUCUUCCCUCCUAUGUCCGAUUGCGUGCUUCUGCAGGCCAGCCACUCUUCCUUCCCUCAUGCUCGCAAUGCCAGAGGAGCAUCUGGGCUGCUUGAGCAGAGAAGAGCAGGGCUGGAACUGGAGGGACCUUCCUGUGUAGUGUAUUAAAUUGGGGAGGGGGGAUUUUAUUAAUUUGUGGGAGGGAGGGACAGUACAGUGUAUUAAAUUGGUGUGGGGGCAGUGUAUUAAUUUAAGGGAAGGAGGCAGUAUAUUAAUAUGGGAAGGGAGCAGUAAAUUAAAUUGGGGAGGGGUGCAGUGUAUUAAUUUGGAGGAGGGAGGUUGUGCAGUGUAAUAGAGUGGUGGGAGGGGGGCAGUGUGUUAAAUUGGGGAGUGGGCAGUGUAUUAAUUUGGAGGAGGGAGGUUGUGCAGUGUAAUAGAGUGGUGGGAGGGGGGCAGUGUGUUAAAUUGGGGAGUGGGCAGUGUAUUAAUUUGGAGGAGGGUGGUUGUGCAGUGUAAUAGAGUGGUAGGAGGGGGGCAGUGUGUUAAAUUGGGGGUGGGCAGUGUAUUAUUUGGGGAAGGGAGGAGGGCAGUGUAUUCAGUUAGAGUGGAUGGAGGAGGGGCAGUGUAUAAGAUUGGGUGGAGGGAACAGUGUGUUAAAUUGGGGGGAGGGCAGUGUAUUGGAUUUGGGGGAAAUGUAUUAGAUUUGUGGGCAGUGUAUUAGAAUUUGGGAGAGGGCAACGUAUUGAAUUUGGGUCCAAUGCAUUGGAUUUGUGGGCAGUGUAUAAGAAUGGGAGGAGGGGGCAGUGUAUUAGAUUGGGUCUGCAUGGAGGUGCUGAAUGCUCCCCAUGGAGAUGCUGAUUGGGCGCACUGCUUUUUGCCACACAUGCACAAUAGCCUCCCAAUGCUUUUGCAUUGGCUGAGAUCAUUACGUUUGAUGAUCUCAGCUAAAAUGAAGAACACACUCAUAGGACUUUAAAAUCAACAAGAUAACGUCAUUUGUUUUUUACAGCUGUGCAACAGCAUACAUUCACCAUUUCAGUCCCAUUACCAAACGUUUCUUAAUAUGUCCAGGUAGUUGGACUGAAACUUUGGUUAUAUGCAAAUACAUAUUUCAUUAAAAUAAAUUUUCUCUUUUGUUUACUUUAAAGCACUAUGAGUGUGAGGACGUCCAGUGUCAAUUAGGCAAUGUUUUUUAUACUGUACUUUUCGAAAUAAACCCAAGUUUCUAUGAAAACUGGAGUUUUCCAAUUUUUUUACAGCCCACAUAAACUUAAACCUUGUUUAUUUGGCCCAUAUUAGCCUUUGAGUUUGACAUGCUUGCUGUAUGUCAAACAUGUUAUUUUAGAAGGAAUAGUUUGUCUUGUUUUACCUAUAAAACGCAUUGAAUUGUCUGAGAUCGUCAAAACCCCAAACUACUGGAUGCUUUCUCAACAAUGUUGAGGAUCUUAAGAAAGCGUCCAUUAGUGACAUGAAUGUGUUUAGUUUCCAGUUUUGUUUCAGUUUUCAGUCAUCUCCCUCAGAACUUUGGCUAACUCCUGAAAAUACAACUGGAAGCCUGUUUUGGUUCCUGAAAAGCCCCAGAUCUAUUGUUGACAUUUAACUGGUAGCACCUAGUCCCCAGUAGUACUGAGAGAGAAAUACUCCAGUUACAUUAAUUUGACAGAGCUUAGGCUUUAACUUGUGGGUUGACUGAGCAUCAUGGGAAUAGUGCAUCAUUUCAUUUUUAUAAACCUCUUAGGUGUCCCUCUAUCUUCCUCUAUAGUUAUCCAUUCAUAUCCCCCCACCACACUGUCUCUCCCAAGCUCCCAGUAAAUUCUCUCACAGCCCAGUUAGCUCCUACAACCCACCUAACAGUUAUAUAUUUUUCUUCCACCCCCCUCCCACUACUUUAGUUAUCUCUGAUUAGCCCUCCCACACAUGUUAUGUCUCCCUAGUCCUUCCCCUAGCUAUUUCUCUGUAUCUCCCCAAGUUAUGUUUAUCUUCUACCAUAGUUAUUGUAAUGUCAUUGAUUGGUAAGUGCCGCAUAAAUUGACAUCAUGGGGGUCACCACGGGCCGAGGGGUUAGACAUGGGGCCUGAAACCAUGCAUUUGCUUGGUCCCAUUCACCAUUCCAGUGGGAAAAAAGGUGAGGUGGGAGCAACCAGUAAGAUGCCUGGGGCCCUCUGGGAUCUUAUUCCCUCUCAGCCUUAGUUCUCUGAGUGGGGAGUGCUGUCACGGAAGGGGCAGGGACAAGGUAUAACCCAAAAUUCCUGCCUUUCGCUAUAGUGCACAUAGUGCUAAAGCUGAGAAGAAAUCCGCAGCGAUGUCUCUUGGGCAAGCUACAACUCCUGUGGGCAGCCAGAGAGAUAGAGGUGGGCAGCCGACUGGCCACAUCCUCCUUCCAGGUUGAUUGUGGACAUCUUUUUUUAAAACAAAUUCUUAAUUUUUCAUGCGAGCAAGGCAAAGACAUACAACAGUAAUGACAUGUUAUGAAUAAUAUAACAUAGGUAAUGCAAGGCAUCAUGGAUUUACAGUUCGCAUCUUUUGUGGGUUAAAUGGGCUGAGAAGUUAUAACGAGGGAUGUGGGUUGAACUUGGGAGAGUGUGGACCACUCAUCUGUGUGUGUUAACAGCGCCACCAUCUGUGAACUUGUGGCCAUGGAGAUAUAGAGGACUGAAUGUGGUGACUAUGUGUCGUAGGUGUUCCUUGACCUUUGGGAUUAGUGGCGAGUAUGUUCUUUGUCAUGAGAAUUUUGUGAGUCUAGUCUGUAUAGAGUCCUAUUUUAGCUGUGCCAUUGGAAGGUCGUGUGCAAUUGCCAGUCCUCUGGUUAGUAGAGGGUACUUCGGUUGGCAUGGCAAAUAUCACUUUGGUUUCUGACGUGAUGUGUGCUAGAGAAUGAUGCCUACAUUAAACUGGACAAGGAAAUGUUGUGUGGUGUAGUCUGUUUGUAGGUUACUAGUGGUGGAGGUCUAGUCGAGGAGGAGCGUUAGUGGGUCGCAAAGCCUAGAUUAGCCAUCUUAGGGAUGAUGUCGCUAUUUGGUUGUGUGUGGAUCAUGAGGGAUGCGCUCCUAUGAUAGUAAAACCCCAUAUCCAUGGGGCGAUAAGGAAUGGGGUGAUGUUAUGGCACCGGAGCAUUAAAGCUUGUUGUAGGGAAGCUUGUGCGUUGCAAUGCAAUAUUUAGCAAGUAAAUCAUAUUAAAAUCAGCAAGAAACAAAGAAAGCAUAAGAUACAAUUAACUUAAACAACUGAGUUGGUGAAUAGGGUGUCACAGCAGACCGCAGCGGUCAACUUGAAGAACAGCUGGUGUUGGUGAGAGUUGGCUCAGGUCGUGGCUCCUCCCGGGUCUGGUGCGAGCUGUGGUGCUUGUGGUCUGUGGUUGUGGGUUAGUUGUUGGCAUUGAGUUCUCAUGUUGUUGGGGGAGUCCCAAUGCUGCCAGCAAGUCUGGACCUCUCUUGGAUCAGUGGCUUUAUAGUGUUGAUCUUCUUUUGUCAUCCAUAUUGCCCCAGGUGUUGCCCAUCUGUAAGCAAUUCUGGCAGCUUGUAGCAGUUUAGUAAUUGAUCGCAUAUUCUUGCGCCACAGUAGCGUAGCCCUGCUUAAGUCCUGAAAAAAAUAUUGUUAGCACGAUUCAAAUUCAAAGGGUGUUUUUCCCUUUAAAGCAGCAAGCAGUCCCAGUUUGUCUGUCAUCGUUUGGCACCGCAAGAUAAGGUCCCUUGGGGCUGUGUUGGGGGCUUAUGGUGAUUUAUAGAUCCUGUCUCGUUGGUCAGUACUGCCACCACUAGGCGUCUGAUAAAGUGAGAUAGUUCUUUUAGUGGUAUGGACUCCCCGACCCCUCUUAUCAUGACGUUCUUGCGUCUGCCCCGGUCAUCAAGUAUGUUGAUUUGCCUGUCCAUGGUUGCCUGAGUGGCUUGCGGUAGUCUUACAUUGUUCCCCAAGGUGUUUAGGUCCUGUCUUAGGUUUUUUACCUCUUCUUCGGUAGCUUGGGUGCGUGUGGUCACCGCUUGCACUUUGGUGAUUAGUACAGCCAGGUCUGCUUCCCAAAAUUUGCCUGAGGCUGUAGGCCUGUUAACAUGGCCUGUAUGUCGUUUUUUGAAGCUGUUGUACAGUCCUGUGUGCCCUGUGGGAGCUCUUGAGGUCUGGGACUCGGUAAGGGGCUGCCUUGUGGGUCCCCCUCCUCUGAUAGCUGUGGGGAGGCCUCUCGGGAGUCAGGGCCCGCAUGUGGCCUACAGGGGUGAGUGCGGGCGAUUUUUGCGAUGUGCCUAGUAGUGUCUCCUCCAGACUGAAGAUGCUCAACGGCCAGAGCUCUCCAGCAAAGUCUCUCUGCUGUCUGCCCACAUGGCAGGCCUUACUGCCUCGGCGUCUGGUUUUUGUGUCUGGGGGCUAAAAGAAUGGCAUCUGCCAGAUCUGCGAGAUGCUUUGCAGGCGAUGGCGUGUUGGGUUGCUGGGUAUUUUGCGAGAUGCUCCUGAUAAUUGGCUGCUUAAGGUACAAUUUAUCAGAGCUCAGAUUGUGGACAUAUUUGAAUUUCACAUUCUGUCUCUCAUUGCCAGUGUGGUGGCACCCCAUCUCUAUGUGCGUUCUGUGCAGUCAUGCAGGUCACAGGACCACGAGUCCAGCAAUAAAAUCAGGGAAAGUGAAAGAAAGAAAAAAAAUAUGAAAUAAAUGGGUGAUAUGAAUGCAAAGGGUGAAUGGACAUUGCAGAACAGCAAGCAAAAGAAAACAGAAAUUGUAAUGUGAGAAGGGGUACGUUGGCAAUAAGGGGGUAAAAUGUAUAGGGUGUUCUAUAGCUGGUGAGUGGAGGGAGAGAUACAUUUUUGCAAUGAGCCCAGACAUAAAAUCAAGAAGAGGGUGAUGUAAGUUUAAUGGGAAGGGGAGACCAGGGAUUAGGAGAUCAAUUAUUAUACGGGCAGCGGAGAUUACAGGACACAUUUGAAAAGGAAGGUAUAAUUAAAGCUAUGAGAUACUGAGUUCAUACUCCCUAGCUAUCAUAUUAGGAGGCACAGACAAUGAAAUGAGUUUGCCCAAAUCUGGCUGCAUUUUAAUAGGAGGGUUACAUGGAACUAAUUGAUUUAUGAACUACACAACAAUAAAAGUGUAGGAAGGAUGGAUGAGAAGGAAAGAACGAGAGGUCUGUGAUAACAAACAGACUUCUAGCUCAUCAGAAUUGAAAUUCUGAACAAUCACUGGAUUUGGCAACAAUACUAUAUAUCUGGGUGGGUUUCAACAUCUCAUAAUCAAGAAUAGUCUAAUACAUAGCUGGGAUUAAAACUGCCAUUGGGCAGUGCCUGUACAUGAAAUGAAAGGUUACGCAGAGAGCGAACAGCACUUGAUCAAAUAAACAAGUAUACUAUAAAAUUAUCUCUAGGUAUUCCAUUGCCAUGGGAAAGUCCUUUACAAAUUGCUUUUAUUACAGGCAAAUUUGUGAGUGAUGUCAUCAGGGGAUUUGUUUUUAAUUCCUAAGCAUUCCUGUUUAUAACUGUUUAUCUGAUAUAUCUAUAUGAAUAGAAAAAAAAAAAAACACAACAUAUUGCUAAAACCUUGGCCAUUUUCUGAAAGUGGCAAACAGGGUGCAAUGGAAGAGUUAAACAGACUGCAUGUUAACUAUUGACCCAUCUAAUGUAAUGCCAUCGACCGCCUCUAGAGGGAGCAUGAGGGUUGUAUCUUUCAGUGAAAGUCAAGUUUACUUGAGUGAAAGUGACGCAAAGAUGUCUUAAAGAGCCUUUGGCAGCAGAAUUAUCUGCAAAUCAGACCAUGUGAGAGGGGUUUGGUGUACAAAAGCUGCUCUGGAUACAGAUCCCUGCACUUUAACAGCUGGAAUCCCACCGGGCAGGUGAUGAGAGACUGAGGAAUUCCCAUUCUAGAAAUCUCUGAUACCUUCAAGGUAUUGCCUACUCCAAACUAAACAGGUAACGUCCUAUUCCAGUUCUGUAUAGACACAGAUAUUGUAGCAGGGUGUGCUGUGUAUGUGAUGUUACAUUGUGAACUUUUUAUAUGUUUAUUUCAUUUAUUUAUUCCAUUAUUACUGUUUAUGUCAGUGGGCUAUUCCACUCUGUGAUUAGAAACUGAAUUUAGAAAAUCCCCAUUCCUCUGGCCAACACUUUGUGGAUUACUCUGUCUUCUUCUUUGGGCAAUGUAAGCACUUUGUGGCUAUUAAGUCCAGUAUAAUUUGGUUUGUGGUCUUGAUCCUGCAAAGCUGGGCUUCUUUUCUCAGCUCCAAACUCUGAAAACCAAAAGUAACAAGCAAACCACUGUCAUUCUUUGACACAUCAUAGUACAAAGGGCAUAGAAUUAGAAGGUUACAUAAAGCACAGUUACAUGUAGUCUAACAAGUCCAUCUCAUUCAAUGCACAGGCUGAGCUCAAAAAUUAACUCUGGUUACUAUUUUACAUCCCAGAUUUUACACCUACAAAGUUUGUACCUUACUGAUUAUUUUUUGAUUUGUGUCAAUAUAAUUAUUUACAUGAUCUAUAUAAAAAUAGCAGAUUUGUAAACUAAAUAAACAUAUAGCACAGCGCUAAGGUAGUGAAAUAAUGGUAAGGGGGAUUUAUCGAAUCGAAAACAUGCUAUUCUGGGGUAAAGUGUUAAAUAAAUGCCAAUCAGCAAGGAAACCAAUAGACUGUCUCACAACAUUUAGCAUUUUGCACCCAGAAUAAUCGCUGCUUCGCAUUGAUAAAUCCUCCCCAACUUGUGCUAAAGUAUUAGGAAAUAUACUUGAACUGUUUAAUAAGAAAGUGAUAUUUCAUACAGUGUGAUAUCCACUUGUAUUUUUUAUUCUAUGCGCUUGCAAAAGUGUUCUUUAAAAAAGCUCAUGAUAUAUAGAAUUAUUUUAAUUUUUUUUUUUUUUAUUCUUUAUUUUGUAUUGUGCAAAAGAUCACAAACUGGCUUGCACGGCCACAACAGCAUGAACAAGCCCUAUAACCAUCAUACAUUAGGAAACAGUAACAUGGAAAGUGGAAAGUGAAGGAAAUUGCACUUUUUUUUUUUUUUUAAAGACAAUAAAAAGGCAGUUGAGCAUGAACAUGAGUGUGGGCGGUGAUGUUGAUUAUCAGAAGUGGUAUAGCAUCACAAUUUUAUUUUUAUUUUAUGAAUUUAUUUUUAUUUUAUUUUUAAAUUUUUUAAAAUUUUAAAAACAUUUAUUUUUUGUUCUGUGUUUUUGAUUUUCGUGUGCUAUUUACCAUGGGGUUACUGUCUAUACACUUGUAACUAAGAUCAGAGAGAAUGUGAAUGCAGCUUUAACUGUAGUAAUGGAUCAAACUCUGUGAUGUAAAUUGCAUGACUGUAAACUAUUACAUACCCAGAGACUGAUAUCCAUUUGAACACUGAUCAUGACCAGUUAGGUAAUACUUACUUCUCUGUGUAAUGUUUAUGUAGCCGUGCUACGUGAAAUGUGAUAGUGCUGGUGUGUGCAUCAUAUUACACAAUAAGUCAGACAGUUUUGUAUGAGUCAUCCAUUAAAUCUCUUGAGCAUUCUGCUUAGUAAUAAAUGGACAUGUCCUGAUGUAGUAGGUGAUAUUUUACAAUUAGUCCAAGGGUUAGUAGUGAUAUGAUUAAUAGAUUGGAAAGUUUAAUAUAAACAGCCGGCUCGGUUUGCCUCACAUCUGGCUGAAUUGUGACUGAGCAGAUGAACUGUACAACAUCUGCACAUCUGAACGUGUCUCAAUAGCUCUGCGAUUUUUAAAACUCAUGUAUUUAAGAGCUUUGGAUAUUUUGUUUUGUUAAAAAUGUUAAUCUCAUAUCAUACUGAUUUAAAAAAAAUAAAAAUUUAAUGUUUCAUUUUUUUUACUUGGAUAAAACAUUUUCUUAGAUACGUAACACUCGUUUCCAUUAUUUUAUCAAUUUUUUAAGUUGUAUUGAAAACAAAAAUAAUCCCACAAGUGUAGAUUGUUUUAUGUAGACUGAAUUAAACCAGUAGAUAUUUUGGUGCUUGAGAAAUUGAAUUGUUCACGUGAUGGUGUGCAAAAGGUCAAAUGUUUGACCAUUUGCAAGACGGGAAUUAAUUAGAUUGUCACAUUAAUUCUCUACUAAAAUAUUUAGAUGUGUUAAUAAAAUAGUGCAUUGGGUUGACCUAAACAUUAAAUUUAUUAUAUUGCAAUCAAAGUAGCUGAAUUGGAAACAUUCUCCUCUUUUGCUGGACUCCUAAUGUAGUUAUUUUGGUACAAAAUGGGUCGAAGUCACUUUUCACUUCUGCAGUAUCAUUAGUCUUGUAGGACAUAUGCUACACAAACUUCAUUUUCAUUGCUGGAGGAGUCUUGAAAAUCCUCUAAUAUAGAGUCAUUAUUAUUACAUUGUCAUAUUUUAUUUCACAUUUAGAGAAUUCAUAAUUCAAGUCCAUUAAGGCAUUAUUUAAUUUAAACAUACAUCAAUUAGUUCAGAAAAAUAAAGCAACAAUUGGCAUUGAAAGUAAUGAAAAGACAGACAUAGAGACAGACAGACAGAGAGACAGACAAACAGACUAAACGCUAGACAUCUGCUUAACAGACCGCCGUUUUGAUCUUGCAAAUACUAGCCAGAGUGUAUAUUGGAUAUAAUAAGAUAACAUUUAUUUGCAUCUCUUAUCUUUCUUUCAUAAUUUAUAUAAUUUGGUAGUCAUUGAGAAACAAUAAGUAAUAAAACAAGCAAGCAGAUUGAUAUUUCAACUUCAAUUUUAAAAAAAAAGGCAUAGUUAUUCACUAAAUAGUGAAUUAUUGUAAAUUGAAAGUGAAAUCACAGUAUGUCUCAAAUUGAAAGGCAAACUGCAAAAAUUCUCCAGGGUAGCUUGGCUACUUUGGACUAAAUCUGAAAUUUACUUUGAACUGAACAGUAUGAAAAAUAGGUCUAGAUAAAACAUCCAUUAGUUGAAACUUCAAGAAAGCAGGUAUACAGAGUCCAUCGCACAUUGCCUAAUCUUCUGGCAGUCCAGAUGUUGCCGACUAUGUGACAUGGAGGAUGUAGUUCACUUCAAUUGGAGUGCAAAAAGUUAGAAUAUAUCAUAAGGGAGGCAACCAGACUCAUAUAUAGACCAGGAACUAUCAAGAAAAUGUAUUCUAGGAUCAAUUUAUUAUUACAGGGUAAAUGGUUAGACAUUAAUAACCUUGUGUUGCAAACAGGCAGAACUUGAAAGAUCAGUAGUCCACCGAUUCGAGUUAUGUGGAUAUUGAAGAUGCCCUACUAAGCAUUUUUUUAAUCUUCUACAGAAUCUGAGGACCAAGAAAUAUGUGGCAUAUUUAGCCAUCAUAAUAUGGUUCACCAAAUAUACUGUACUUUGACAUGUAUGUAACAUGUUAAAUGGUUGUGUCGUCUUCAAAAUUACAGUCCUUUAGAAAUGCUUUGGGAUAAAGGUGUCCUAGGAUUUUUGUGCAGGUAAGAUUAGUAGCUCUAGAUCAAACGCUUGUAUGGUAUGUGCAACCAACAUGGACACAUUGUGUCUUUUUAUAGCUGUUGUUGAACAUGUAUGGCAGCAUUUGGGUAGUCAUGGAAAGCAAGAUCUGUUAACCAGUAAAGUCCUCAAAGAGUCCCUGAGUGAGACAUAUUUCAAUUGCAAGUUCAGUAGUAUUACUAUGUUUGGUGUCUAAAACAUUCACAAUUUCACUUGAAUCAUGAUUCAACUUGAGCCUGUGCCUACAGAGUAUUCUGCUACAUUUUGGAGAUUCACUUACUUGUUUUCCAUUGUGACAUUGAGGUGUGACAAAUCGUCAGGUAGUACAAGCUGUAUCACACAAUGAAAAGGCCAAUGAAGUUCUAGAUUUCAUUUUAUUUUAGAGAGAAUAAGGUUACUUACUACAUGAUUAAUCAUCAUGCCUAACUUCCCUUAUAACCCAAGAAACCCAGUUCCAAAAAUAAGAACAGACACCUAAGAGGGUGGUCAGACAUGGUCACAGCUUUUACAUAGACAUGAAUAGCCAGUGUGAACAUUAAACACAGUAUAUCCAACCCAAAGCUGUGACAGUAACCAUAAAGACAAAAAACAAGGACAACCACAAGAAGAACAUGUAAAUUAAUUCAGAAGCCACUUGGUUUUUUUAAAUAGAUAUGAUGUAAGAGAUAUUGUGAUAUAUAUAUAUAUAUAUAUAUAUAUAUAUAUAUAUAUAUGUGUUAUUUAUUAUAUAUAACAACACAAGACAUACUUUUUCUAUGUAUAUUUGUAUGAUAGUAUUAUUGUUUUAAGAACUAGAUUUGCAUUUGCUUGUUUGUCUCUUUUUUUGGUUUAAUAAAUAUAUACAAAGAAGAAAAAAAAAAAAAAAAAGGACAGUAUGGGGAAGUAACGGAGGGUAGGCAACAAAUGGGUCCUUCUUCUACAAAACGUUGGGAGCCAAAAGUCAAAGCUCUUUCCAACAACUUAUAGUCCCAUAACCCAAAAUAUUUACAGUUAGGACCCUUCAUAAGCAGCCCUAUGGCUAGGUCUGUAGAAGACAUGUGAGGCAAACUUACCUGUAUCCCUUGGGCAAACUUACCUAUUUCUGCUUGUACACUACAGUAUAUCAUUCAGAAAUAAUUUCACAUUACAUGUGUUGACAUCCAGACUGAUACAGGCUGAUGACUACGAUCCAACACUAAGUGCUAUGUAAAUGCAAAAUUGUAGGCUUGCUCGAGGAAGACAUUGUAUGAUAAUGUUGUAGAACCACUGGGAAAUGAAAAUGUAGCCCUGGCAAGUAUAAAUUUGCCCCUGGUGUGUAUGAUAUGGCUUGCAAUGGCAGUGACUUUUAACCGGUGGCUUGUAGCAUAAGACUUCAAUGUUUUUAGUCAUGUUCUAGAUGCAAGAGGAUUAAAGAAUUGUAUAGCAGGUAAGAUUGAGAAAACCUCUCCAAACACCAUGGCGUUUCCUUAUAUUUUAACUAUGAUUUUGAUCAUCUCGAUUAAAGGAAAACAACCAUAAAUCUUCAUUACUCUUGGAUUCAUUUCUAUAAAAAACUAAUUACAGAUACAAAAAGCAUAAACAAGUUCAAUCACCAAAAUUCAAUCUAAAUCUUUCUUAUGGGUAUCCAUAGCAUCACGAUCUAACAGAUUACCCGUUCCUGUAGAAUCCUAGAUGGUCCACCUAGAUGGUGGACCUUCUUUCUUUUUGCGUAUUUGAAUUCUCAAUUUAAUCUGUUUGCUCAGUAUACAGCGCUGAGGAAUACGCAGUUGCAUUGUAAGAUAGUAAUACCUGUCGGACUCACGUAUAUUUCAAGAUGAAAAGGAUAGAGUAUAUAUACACACUAAAGAAAAAAUUAAAUAAUGCAUGAAAAACGAGUUAUAUUUCAAGAUGAAACUAAAAUAUGCACUGCUGUACCUAAUUCAAGUUCAGACUGAUUCACACAAAUCACUAGAAGACAUUGAUUACAAAUGGACAAACACAGGUUUCAGCAGACACAAUGCAUUGUAUUUCCUGUAUCUAAGAGUACCUGUAAACAUUUUAAUAAUCAAUACGGAACCAUCUUCAGCUAAGUCCAUAUGUGAGGAUUCUACAGGAACAGGUAAUCUGUUAGAUCGUGAUGCUGUGGAUACCUAUAAGAAAGAUUUAGAUUGAAUUUUGACGAUUGAACUUGUUUAUGCUUUUUGUAUCUGUAAUUAGUUUAUUACAGAAAUGAAUCUAAGAGUAAUGCAGAGAUUUAUGGUUGUUUUCUUUUAAUCGAGAUGAUCAAAAUCAUAGUUAAAAUAGAAGGAAACGCCAUGGUGUUUGGAGAGGUUUUCUCAAUCUUACCUGCUAUACAAUUCUUUAAUCCUCUUGUAUUCUAAAAGUAGCCUCAUUAGGACAAGAAAGGAUUAAAAACAAAGUGAUUUUUACAACUUUUUGACCAUGAUAAAAGGAGCUUUAUUCUAUAGACUGGGAGUCCUGAAGAAAGAAUUUAACAGGGAAUUGCACAGAAUUAAGACCAAAGUAGACAGAUUGUAAAAAAAUGGACUGGGCAUUAUUUUGGCAAUUUACUUAUGAUGGUAUCGUUAAUGUCAGAGGCGCUGGGCAUUUGAUUAGGGGAGCUAAAAUCUGAACAUCUCCAGACACAUGAUUUAUAGACGGCAUUAUUUAUUCCAGAGAUGUUGGGCAUUCUUCUGGCUUUUAACUUGAUGGUCUGCGGCACUAUAUAUGCCAGAUGGAGUGGGCAACCCUCUGGCACUGUACCUAAUGGGGUGUUGGAGAUAUUACUAGUGACAGAGGUUUGGUGUAUUCCUUUAGCAUGUUAUCUAUUUUGAAAUGUCACAUUCAAUGGGGACUUUGGUAUAUUAUUAUUAUUAUUAUUUUUUUUUAUUUAUAUAGCACCAACAAAUUCCGUAGCGCUGUACAAUGGGUGGACUAACAGACACAUAAUUGAGAUCAGACCACUGGAGGUACAGGAACAGAGGGGGUUGAGGGCCCUGUUUGAUGAGAUAACAUGCUAGAGGGAGUGGGGUAUGGUGACACAAAGGGUUAAAGUAGGGGAAUUAAAUAGUUUGUUAGAGAAGGGUUUAUUGAGUGCUUGUUAGGUCAUUUUUGACAGUUGCAGGAACGGAGUCAUGGGGUGGGGGAUGAGAAACCUGCUGACAGUUUAAUUGAUACGCUUUAAUGAAGAAGUGAGUGGAGACUGGGUGAAAGUCUGAUUGAGGAGGGAAGGGAGUUCCACAGAAUAGGUGCAGCCCUGGAGAAGUCUUGAAGGCGAGCAUCUGAGGUGGGGAUCCGGGCAGAGGAUAGGCGUAGGUCUUGGGCUGAGCGCAGGGGUCUCGACGGGACAUACUUGUUUAUGAGGGAGGAUAAGUAUGUUGGAGCAGCAUUAUGUAGGGACUUGUAAGCAAGCGCCAGAAUUUUGAAUUGGGUCUUAUAUAUAUGUAUUAUUUUUUUGGUGUCAAUAGAAGAAACCCCCGAAGAUUUAAUGGGAUGCUAGUAUAUGUAACCCCUUCUGUCCCCCACAUUAUGUGUUUCUUUUUGGGUCCAAUAUGUUAUUGGGCAGGGACAUGCCAUCCAUUUCAUCUUGUUGUUGAUGAUCAUUAAGGGGUUGCAUUUUCUUAUGCAACGAGUUACGCUUUUUACAGACAUUCAAUGUAUAGAUUUAAUGUUAGCAAAAUAUUUCCAAACAUACUGUAAUUAGGUACAGGUUUUUCAGUACACAAAACCUCGGGAAUCCCCCCUUAAAGUCAAUAUGUCUAUAUACACAUAGAAGCUAUAAUUAGGUACAGGACAACGUUAUGACACUUGUAUACAAACUAGAAUGAUAAAAAUGAGCAUGAUUGGACUUAAAUUAAACAACCACACAGAUUACAUUAGGCUGUGGUACAAUGGUUUACACACUCUCUGAUUUGACCUAGUUUGUACACUAAUCAUUAUGUUUUAUUUUAUGAAAUUCACCAUAUGGAAGGCUAAAUACAAACUACACCAAGAUGAUUGCUAGGAGGGCUAUGCUUAUGGGCUUCUCUUCCUAGUAGCAUUAUCAGAAGGUUAGCUGCCUGGAUUUGUUUUGUAAUAUGAUGGACAAACAGUAAAAUUACAAAAAUGUGCAUUGUUAGAAAAAGUAGAAGGAGGACUUAAUCUCUUUGGUGUUAUGACACAGCUUUUGUGAGCCUUUAGAAAGUAGGGUCCCUUCGUUCUUUACCAUUGCAAUAACAUGAAAGGUUCGCCAUUUGUGUAAAUGUAUAAUUUACUGUCUUAUCCCGGCUUCCCUAAACUCCAGCCCUCCAGAUGUUGCUGAACUACAACUCCCAUGAUUUCAUGAAUGAAAUAAAUAGGCUGAGAAUCAUGGGAGUUAUAGUUCAGCAAUAUCUGGAGGGCUGGAGUUUGGGGAGCCUGGUCUUAUCCAUGUAACCGUAGAUAAUUUCCCUUCUAUGAUCACUGCUUUCUUUAUAACGUUAACAUAAUCUACCAAAUUCUACAAGGAGAAUCCAUACAAUAAACAAACUAGCCAUGAAUUGUCCUGUGUUGGUCACUGUAAGGUUUAAUAUGAGAUUACAAAGCAUCAUUUUACAGGAAAUUAAAACAUAUUUGUUGCCCCAAUACUUUUUAUAAUUUUUUUUUUUUUAAUUUCAAGACCAAUGUUUCAAUGCUACUAAUUUCUGUUAGUCACAUGAAGCAGCCAUAUUCACUUGUGCAGGAACACAGAAUUCUUAAACUGGCACAUCUUAUACUGCCAUUCAUCUUUCAUAUUCAUAUUGACUAAAAGUCAAUGUAUUAGGAAAGGGUAGACCAUGGUUAAUGAUCUGGUAAAGUAAGGGAUUAGGAAUUAGGGAUAGUUUUUGAAAUUAGUAUAGGUAAAGAGGCAUGUGUGUAUAAUAUAUGACUGUAUGUGUGUGUGUGAGCAUGGAUGUAAUAUUAGUGUGUGAAUGCAUGUAUAUCCCUUUUUGAUUGGUGUUGGUGUGACUUCAUAUGUGUGUCUAUUAUUGUGUUUUAUACAUAGAUAUGUAGGUACUAUAUGGAGGUCUUACAUAUAAAACACAUUCAUAUAUGUUUGAAAAGUAAUUGUCAAACAUGUUUUCAUACAGUACAUCUCUGUUUAGUGUACAAUGGUUGAACUGGAACAUGGUAAAGUAAUUAAUUUGGGGGAUAUUAUAUAGAGUGCUCCGAUAUAAAAAGUGAUGGUGGGGGCUGGGGAAACAAAUAUGACACAGACAUGGCAAAACCACCUAAAAGUGUUUUGUUCAAAUUAAAAAUGGUAAAACAAACAGAGAACGAAUACGUUUAAAAGCACAUGGAGACUCACGGUUAAGUUUGCCUGUAGCCACUGACAGUGAAGUGAAGGCAGCUGUCUCUCAUAUAUUACAUGGGAGUGUACCCUGGACUUAUUUGUAACCUCCACAAUGAUGCACGCACCUUACCCGAGAGGAGGCAACAUAUUCAGCCAUCCUCACCACUCUCCUCCAUUCCUUAGGCUCAGGUUUAGUUGUCCAAUUAGUAAAUACGUCUCAAUGCCUUCUUCAUUUACAUUUGUUAUUUUUUUUUUUUUUUAGUUAAAAGGUAGCAAUCACUUCUAUUGUAAUUACACAAUUGCGUAUAACAUUUUUAAAAAUCGCCUAUACCUUUCUAUUAAAUAUAUCUAAUAUCAUUACAAUCCAGUUGUAAUUGCAAACAUUGCAAAUAAGGAGAAACAGACACAUUGCUUAAUCCGUCCUCUUCUUUAGAAUGUUUCCUCUAUGUUGACUGACAGAUGUAAAGGUCAGAGCUUAUAACAAUGAUUGACAUGGAAUUAAAGGGACACUAUAGUCACCAAAAGAACUUUAGCUUAAUGAAGCAGUUUUGGUCAUGCUUAUGUAGUCUCAAUGAUCAAUUAUCUGUCAUGUAGGAGUUAAAUCACUUUGUUUAUGCAGCCCUGGUCACACCUCCCUCCAUGUGACUUACACAGUCUUCCUAACAGGGCCGGACUGGCCCACCGGGAUACCGGGAAAUUUCUCGGUGGGCCGCGGCACCUGGGGGGCUGCAUGUAGAGAGUGAGCCCUGCUCCCUAUAUUUUAAUAAUAUCGCGGCCCCCGGCCGCAUGUCGGUGAUUACUCACCUUGCGGCCAGCGGCCCCAUCUCCUGCGCUGACAGCUGGCAGUAUCAGUGAGUGUGCCGGGCGGCCGCCUAAGCAAUCCAGCGGCACACUCACUGAUACUGACAGCAGCAUAGCUGUCAGCACUGGAGGACUGAGGGAGGGGGCGGAGCUAACUACCAUGCUCCCUUGCGGUUCCCAUAAUUCCCAGCAUGGACAUAUCAUAAAGUAGGGAUUACUCUACAGGGAGUGCAGAAUUAUUAGGCAAGUUGUAUUUUUGAGGAUUAAUUUUAUUAUUGAACAACAACCAUGUUCUCAAUGAACCCAAAAAACUCAUUAAUAUCAAAGCUGAAUAUUUUUGGAAGUAGUUUUUAGUUUGUUUUUAGUUAUAGCUAUGUUAGGGGGAUAUCUGUGUGUGCAGGUGACUAUUACUGUGCAUAAUUAUUAGGCAACUUAACAAAAAACAAAUAUAUACCCAUUUCAAUUAUUUAUUAUUACCAGUGAAACCAAUAUAACAUCUCAACAUUCACAAAUAUACAUUUCUGACAUUCAAAAACAAAACAAAAACAAAUCAGUGACCAAUAUAGCCACCUUUCUUUGCAAGGACACUCAAAAGCCUGCCAUCCAUGGAUUCUGUCAGUGUUUUGAUCUGUUCACCAUCAACAUUGCGUGCAGCAGCAACCACAGCCUCCCAGACACUGUUCAGAGAGGUGUACUGUUUUCCCUCCUUGUAAAUCUCACAUUUGAUGAUGGACCACAGGUUCUCAAUGGGGUUCAGAUCAGGUGAACAAGGAGGCCAUGUCAUUAGAUUUUCUUCUUUUAUACCCUUUCUUGCCAGCCACGCUGUGGAGUACUUGGACGCGUGUGAUGGAGCAUUGUCCUGCAUGAAAAUCAUGUUUUUCUUGAAGGAUGCAGACUUCUUCCUGUACCACUGCUUGAAGAAGGUGUCUUCCAGGAACUGGCAGUAGGACUGGGAGUUGAGCUUGACUCCAUCCUCAACCCGAAAAGGCCCCACAAGCUCAUCUUUGAUGAUACCAGCCCAAACCAGUACUCCACCUCCACCUUGCUGGCGUCUGAGUCGGACUGGAGCUCUCUGCCCUUUACCAAUCCAGCCACGGGCCCAUCCAUCUGGCCCAUCAAGACUCACUCUCAUUUCAUCAGUCCAUUAAACCUUAGAAAAAUCAGUCUUGAGAUAUUUCUUGGCCCAGUCUUGACGUUUCAGCUUGUGUGUCCUGUUCAGUGGUGGUCGUCUUUCAGCCUUUCUUACCUUGGCCAUGUCUCUGAGUAUUGCACACCUUGUGCUUUUGGGCACUCCAGUGAUGUUGCAGCUCUGAAAUAUGGCCAAACUGGUGGCAAGUGGCAUCGUGGCAGCUGCACGCUUGACUUUUCUCAGUUCAUGGGCAGUUAUUUUGCGCCUUGGUUUUUCCACACGCUUCUUGCGACCCUGUUGACUAUUUUGAAUGAAACGCUUGAUUGUUCGAUGAUCACGCUUCAGAAGCUUUGCAAUUUUAAGAGUGCUGCAUCCCUCUGCAAGAUAUCUCACUAUUUUUGACUUUUCUGAGCCUGUCAAGUCCUUCUUUUGACCCAUUUUGCCAAAGGAAAGGAAGUUGCCUAAUAAUUAUGCACACCUGAUAUAGGGUGUUGAUGUCAUUAGACCACACCCCUUCUCAUUACAGAGAUGCACAUCACCUAAUAUGCUUAAUUGGUAGUAGGCUUUCGAGCCUAUACAGCUUGGAGUAAGACAACAUGCAUAAAGAGGAUGAUGUGGUCAAAAUACUCAUUUGCCUAAUAAUUCUGCACUCCCUGUAUGAUGUGUAGAUGCUGGGAAAUAUGGGAACCGCAAGGGAGCAUGGUAGUUAGCUCCGCCCCCUCCCUCAGUCCUACUGUGACAAGGUCAGCAGGCACACAGAAAAAUAGGGGUAAUAGAAACACGGGGGGGGGGACAAAUAGAGGGGUACUAGAAACACAGGGGAAAGGGGGGGACAAAUAGAGGGGUAAUAGAAACACCGAGGAAGGGGGGACACAGAGACUGAGGGGUAAUAGAAAGACACAGGGGAUGGGGGACAAAGAGACAGGUGGGGUAAUAGAGAGACACAGGGGAAGGGGGGACACAGACAGAUGAGGUAAUAGAGAGACACCAGGGAAGGGGGGGACAAAGAGACAGAGGGGUAAUAGAGACACAGGGGAAGGGGGACAAAGUGACAGAGGGCUAAGAGAGAGACACAGGGAGAAUAUGGGGAAAAGAGACACAGGGAGGAGAUGGGGAAGAGAGACACACAGAAGGUUUGUUGGGGGGAACAAAGAGACAUACAGAAGGGAAGGGGAACAAAUGACACAAGAUUUGUGGGAGGCAGCGCUUGGCUGAGGGAAAAGAGACAGAGAGUGGCUGGGAGAAGAGAAAGAGGCACACAGAGUCUGGAGUUAGAAAGAGACACACAGAGUCUGGAGUUAGAAAGAGACACAGAUGAGAUUUGGAAGGGGAGAAAGAGACAAAGGGGCUGGGGCUAAGACAUACACAAAAGGGGCUGGGGGAAAGAGAAAUACAGAGGCUGGAGAAGGGUAAAAAGAAACACACAGGGACUGGGAUGAAGUAAAAGAUACACAAGGGUCGCUGUAAGAGAAAAAAAGGAGACAAUUGGAGACAAGGUACACCAAACGAGGUAAACGUAAUAGACGUAAUUGAUGUGAUCCUGACAGUAAUACACACACACAUAUAUAUGCAUGUAUAUUGAUGUGUGUAUUAGUAACAUAUAUCAUUAUGCCAAUAAUAUUUACACAUAUAGUAAUAUACAUUUAUAUAUGCAUAAUACACACAUAAUUGUCAUUAAUAUAUAUAUAUAUGUAAUGAGCACGUAUUGGCCUAGUCCUGCUGCAUACGCCAGCACAAUAACAUAUUCAAAGUGAAGAGCGCACCCAUAGGACUUCAAAAUAAACAAAACAACUUCAUUGUUUUUCAGUUAUGCAACCGCAGAUAUUCAGCAUUUCAGUACCAUUACUAAAAUGUCCUUAAUAGGCCAAAGUAGUUGUACUGAAACAUUGAUUACAUGCAAAUGUACGUCUGCUUAAAUUAAAGGCACUCUUUUGUUUAUUUUGAAGCCCUAUAUGCGUUCUUUCGUUUUAGUAAUAGUUUUCAAUUUUAAGUUAUUUUUUCACCCUCUAUAUCAGCACACUAUGCUGGCGCGACGCAUUAUUGGGCUGGUAUAGAAUUUUUUUCCAGGGCUACUUUUAGUUCCCAGUCCGGCCUGCUUCCUAAACACUUCCUGUAAAUAGUCCUCUAAUGUUUACACUUCCUUUAUUGCAAAUUCUGCUUAACUGAGAAUUUCUUAUCUCCUGCUCUGUUAUUAGCUUGCUAGACCCUGCAGGAGUCUCCUAUAUAUAAUUAAAGUUCAAUUUACAGAGCAGGAUAUAAAAGCUGUAAGUGAGUAAGUUACACCUGACUUAAAAAUGACACCAUUUUAUUUUCAUGCAGGCUGUGUCAGUCACAGCCAGGAUUGCAUGAGCAGACUGCUUCAUUAAGCUUAAGUUAUUUUGGUGACUAUAAUGCCCCUUUAAGAUGGAGGCACUCAGUUGCAGGAUAAAGAGGUGUUGAUUUCUACAUUUAUACACAACUCACAAGUACGUAUUUGUAAAAUAUAGAGAGUUCCAAAUGUAAUAUUAAAUAUCACGGACAGUAAGUAUCUCUUUAAAUAACGCUUGAGCAUGCAUUAUGUUGAUUUCCAAUGCUAUCAUAUGCUGUUUCCCUCAUUUUUCCAAGGAUUUGCUUACAGAACCAUUAUAUGAUUGCCUCAUUCUGGUGAUAUCCUUUAUCCUCUGUUAGUUUUCAGUUUUAUGCAUAUAGUUAUAUGAAGUGACAUAUAGAAGUUAUUUUUAAACAAGCCCCUUAAUGUGACUUCUGUUUUAGAUCUCAACAUGGCAAAUUCAAUUUCAUCUUCAUAAUUUGGUUAGGCGCAGGAUCAAGGCAACGUUUCCCCUGGGGAUUGAGAAACAACACUAUGAGGAACCUUCAAUAAAAAAAGGCCCAAAGACAGACAGAAGGAAAGAUAGACAGACAGACAGACAGACAGAUAGAUAGAUAGAUAGAUAGAUAGAUAGAUAUGCAAUUCUGAAGAUUAAAAAACAUAUUUCAAAUUUAAUUCAAUCAAUUAAUGUGACAUUCUUUAAACCUUUUUCUUUAAAAUGUUGUGAUUGUACGUUAUGUGUACUGGUGAUGUUUUACUCUAACACCCAAAAAAAUUUAAUUUCUGGAAAAAAGUAUGUACGUUUCUAAUAAGACUUUUAUUAUUUUAUCUACAGUUGUAGGAUGAAAAUAAAUAUAAACUAAAAUAAUUACAAAACAAUAAUAGCUUGGAGCACUCCAAGUGCCCAGAAUUAAACACAGACAUAUAAUUUAUUGUAACUUUCAACAUAAUUGCUUUUGAGAAAUUGUAUAGUUAUUAAAUUUGAUUAUCUGGGCAUGCUUUUUUUUUAGUGCACGUAUCCUGCACGAUGUAAUUUAACUAUUGCCAAAGUUGAAAAUCAUUUUCUUAAACAGUUCAGUUGCGUCAUCACAUUUUUAUUUGUUCAUUUGUGAAGUUAAGAACUUGUUGUGGUUCAUUAACAUGUUAAGUGAUUAUUUUGCUGAUAUUACAGUUAUUAUUGCUGCUUUGCUCUGGUAACAUUUCAAAAUAUAGAAUGUCUGGAUUGAGACUGUCAGUCCCUCCAUUGUUAUGUCUUCAGGACAGACUUACAAUAUUUGUAGCUCUACAGCAGUUGGUGGAAGCAUUUUAUUGGCUCUCUACGGGCUGUGAACUGUAAUGCGCAGUGCAGGAGUCAGAGCCUAUUGGGCCUGGUGCUGAAGAAUAUGAUGGCCCUAAUUACAGAAUCUUAUAGUCGGGAAACACUAAAACUGCCAUACAUCCAGAGUGUCUUGUAUCUGGUGAACGCAAUGCUGGAGAGAUACUUGCGGGAUACAUUUUAAGUUUACACAUAUCCUAUAUACCCUAUGUCAGUCAUCUUUCAUGAUGCUUAAUGGCAGUAAGAGCAUUUUUGGAGAUGUAGUUUACAACAUCUGGAGUUCCGAAGGUUGCCUACACAUGCCCUAUGUCAAUGUUGACUUUUCAUCUCUCUAUCCUAGUCUACACCACAAGCCUCACAGCUUUAAUCUCCUUUCUCUCUCACUAGUCACAAGCUUUCAAUCCACUCUCCUCAGCACUCACUUGUUCCACUCAUCUCCUUCUCUUCUUUCUAGCAGGCAGACACCUAAUCCUGGUAUAUAUAGUGUAGGCAGAUAAAAAGGUGAACAUGCCUCACUAUCACACGAUGGGACAGAAGCAGCAUGAAGUCACCUUAACAUUAUCUAUUUUAUACUGGACAGUUCUCAUAAGUUUGUCCCUCUGCAUCCCUCCAAAGUUCCCAUAUUCAGUUCCCUCUGCAUAACAUUAUAGAGCUAGAGCAAAAAAAAAUAAUUCUCACAGAACACUUCAAAAGAACUUGUAGGAAAUGUGAGUUCUGUUCAACCCCGCCUAUUUUCCACAGAUAGUAAUCUAGAACAUAGAUAUAUUCGUUAUUUAGAUUAUAAUUUCUUUAUCAGGGCCGCAAUUUCUUCUGUAUGAUGGACAGUUUUCUUAAAGUUUAGCACAUUUAUCAGUUAAAAGUUAAAUUGAUUGGGAUGGGGCCUGAGUAUCACGACGCAUCUAGCUAGUGUUCCUACUCUUGAUAUCACUAUCGACGCAUUAUCCAACUCACAGCACUCUAAUCUAGCAUUGAAACAAACCUGCAUGCUGUCUAAUACACACUUGGUGCUCUGGUUUGGUACUUGAUCGUGCCUGCCAUCAGAUUUACAGUGGGGCCCAGUGAACGCGCUUGGCGGGAGAGGCGGCCGCUUUCCCUGGUCCACGUAGCAUCGGCCCCAGCGGAAUUCCUUUACAGUCCCGUUAUCCCGGUUUAUCCCAGCCCACACAGGACUGUUCUGCCUACAUCUAUUCCUUUUCUGACAGCUGCUCCUACCUGCUCCUGCUUAUGGGCAUAAAAGCAAAGAUGGCGGACGCAUCCAAUGCAGACAUUUACAGCUCCAUCUGGCAUGAUUGAGCCCUCCCUCAGUAAGCUGGAAGAAUUAUUUGAGUGGUUCUGGGCAGUUUUGAAGGCUCACACAGAAGCAACAUGACACUUACCUCUGGCAGGAGAUCAGAGUAAUGUGCAGCAAGUAGUGGGUAGGCCCCUUCCGGGUACAGCACUUGUUUAAGUGCCUGCAAUUCCUUUUGUUAGCCCACCAGGGCUGAAAGCCACACAGGGUUUGGCCCCGACACAGUGCCCACACCAGCGGAGGAUCAACAGCCAUUGGCGGCACACGACCAUCAGGGCCUUCAGCUUGGAGUCUGAGAGCCUCCAUGGCCUACACACCAGCUUGGGGCAGAGGGGAAGCCCCACUUCAAUUCUGUUUUGAAGCUGAUCUUGGCUAUUCUCCUGCAAAUCCCAGAUGCCUCUAAAUAUUGGGAAUCGGAUGACUGGAGACUCAUGCUGCAUAAAAGCAUACCGCUUAAGAUCUCAUUUCUCAUGCUUUUAGUGGACACCAUCUUACCCAGUGUUAUAUUUGCUUUUGACCUGUUGUCUGUUGCCUUUAUUUUUUCUCAUAAUGGUUGGAGCCCUCACUUGAAAAGGUGCUCAGUCCCAAUGGUUAUCCUAACAUGUGUACAAUCCAGGUCUGAAGCUACUCUUAUAACUUACAAUAAUAAUAUGUUUAGUCCUUACUACUUGUUAUGUUUCCUCAGUUGUGCACGUAGUAGACUACACACAUCUCUACCUAUUUCUAACCAGAUCUUCCUUUUGUAGCUUGAUACAGCUUUAGACAUGUUAACUUUGCCUGUUUCUCCUAAUACCAAAAUUGUGCAGUUUAGAGGAAAGCCAUGCAACUGUUUCUGCUAUAUACUCAGUUAUGUCUGUGUCAUUGCAGUUGAGGUGCUGUUGAUUGACUGUCAUUUUCAUAUACAGCAAAAAUAAAGAUUUGUUUUUUUAAAUUUAAAUUCCUUACCAUAUGCAUUACCCACCUGGAAAAGGCAUACAAAAUGCUAUUUCGGUGGUAUCUCACCCCUCAAUGUUUAGCCUCCAUGCAGAGAAUCCCCUCCAAGCUUUGCUGGAAACAAUGCAGUGAAGGUGGUACUUUCCUCCACUGCUGGUGGAUUUGCCCUAAAAUUCCACCCCUCUGGAAAAGUAACAGUGCACUGCUAUCCAUAAUUUUAAACAAACCAUUCCCCAUGGAACCCUGGGUCCGGCUCUUAUCAAAUCCCAUUGACCUUGUCACAAGAAGCAAAAAAAAAUUAGCCAUCAAUAUCUCUAUAGCCACUCAUAGAGUGAUAGCCAAAGUUUGGGCAACUUAUAAAUCCCCUUCCUUUUAAAAAAUUGGCAAGAAAAUUCAAGAUAGUAUCGCAAUGGAUAGAUUGACUGCCUAAGCCCAAGACACCCUAAGACCAUUUUGGGUAGAUGUUGCAAAUCCUAGCCCCAUUUUCUGCCUCUGUGUUACUGCUCUGUGUUCCUCCCAACGUUUGAAAAGGACAAAGAGGUGUAUGGAUGGGGGUGGGGUUAUUCUGAGAAAUUUUAGGUGAAUUUUUGGUAAAAUAUAAAUUAGAACAAAAAGAAUGUAUCUUAAUUACACAGGCUGAGUGAUUACUAAACACAUUUAUUGUAGUUUAAAGACACAUUCAUGUGAAUAUUAACGCUGUACAACUCUGUUAUAUAAUGAGACACACCAACAAUAGGGAGCUCCUAGAAAAGAGGGAUAUUAAACUAGAAAAAAGACACAGAGGGAUUUAGAUUCAAAAUAGGGACACUUGGGAGGUAUGGUUCACGCGCUUUCAUUGGCAUCCAUUAAAAGUUAUCUCUAUCCCUAAUUCAGAACAUCAGCACGAGAGGGGCACUGCCAGUUAUUUGGUGGUGCAGCAGGACAACUGUUGUAUACAGCUCUGAAAAAUAUUACUGUGAGUUUUGUUGCUGUGUAGUUCUACGUUACAUCCAUGAACAAUGCACAUUACUUUGAGUUUUAUUGCUUUGUAGCUCUGUGAUACACUCAUAUAGACUGUCCAUAAUUGUGGGUUUUAUUGCUUUGGAAUCAUGUGAGUUUUUAUGCUGUGGAGCUCUGUGAUACACUGAUACACAGAGCACAUUAUGUUGAGGUUUCAUGUUAUGGAGCUCUGUAAUACACUCAUACAAACUGUACAUCACUGUAAGUUUUUAUGCUGUGGAGCUCUGUGAUACACUGAUACACAGAGCACAUUAUGUUGAGGUUUCAUGCUAUGGAGCUCUGUGAUGCACUGAAACACAGUACAUUGUAAUGCAGGCACUCCUCACUUACCAACUGGGUUCUUUUCUUACGACUAUGUCGUAAAACGAAUUGGUCGGUAAGUGAGGAUGCACUACAGAGCAUGCGCACUAGUGCAGGUGUUAUUUCCCAGGACAUAAACAAGGGCAGCAGAGCUACGAAUUCCUCAAAUCUAUGUUCGGGGAACGUUCCCCGAACAUAGAUUAGAUGGGUUCCCUGCUCUGGUGCGUUUUUCUAUAUUUGGUGACAUUUCCCCGAACAUAGAUUAGAGGGAUUCUCUGCUCUGGUGCACUUGUCUAUGUUCGGGGAAAUUUACCCGAACGUAGACAUAUGCACCAGAGCAGGAAAUCCCUCUAAUUUAUGUUAGGGGAAAAUUCCCGAACAUAAACCAGCUCUCAAAAGUGGGGAAUCCCUUGAAUCCCCGCGCUAGAGAGCUGGUCGUAAGUUCAAGCCGUCCUAAAACAGGUAGGUCCUAAAGUGAGGACCACCUGUAUAUUACUGUGACACCUUCAUACAAACCAUGCAUUAGUGUGAGCCUUAUUAACAUGGAUCUCUGACAAUGAAAAUAGGUGAGAGGUAUUUUAAAGUAAAAUGAUAACUCCAUACUCCAAGGGACUGGCCACGUGUAGGGUACCCUUCUCUUUAAGCAAAUGCAUCAUAACUGGGCAGGAACAUUUCUCCUAUAAUCUUUACCCCAGUUAGUCUAGUGAAUUUCCUGGUCACAAUGUUAUCAGAUACCACAGCACUGUGUAUUUGGAUAUCAAUGUAAUUUUUUUUUAUAGAAUUAAUCUAAUCCUUUCCUUACAUGACUGCUAGCUACAUCAGAGAUUUAAAAAAAAGAAUAAUUAGAUGCAGUGUGUCUUUCUACUUACUGUACAAGGAUCAAUUUAUAUGCUACGUUCCAACACUGUGAGGCUGAACAAAAUAUUAAUAUAAUAAUAAUAACAAUAAACUGUGAAUAACAAUGCUGAUGUUAAUGAAAUAUAAAGGAUACACUUUCUCAGUAACAGCAUGCAUAGCACCGUCAUUUUUCUAUGACUUUUCAUAUAACAUACCGGUUUCACUUCCUACUGAUAUCUAUGUUACCUUCUGUAUAAUUGCAGGUUUAGCCUAUAUCAAGGUUUCUUUACUCUCUUUGAUAGGAUAGUAAAUGACAUUGUGACCUGUUCUUCAACUGCAAUAAUAUCUCAGUGACCCAAUACAUUAGUUAGAUUGCCUAUGCAAUGGUGACAGCAUGGAACAGGGAGCUAAAUAAUUUUGUAAUUUUUAGACGUGCCAUCAUAAAACAUAAAAGAGGUGUCUAAGAAAAUAUAAGAUACAUGUCAAGAGUUUUGUUUUAGGUUAUAAUAUGUAAUGCUUAUCAGUAAAAUGCAGACACCAGCAUAAAUACUUAUAUGUAAAGUCACUGAAACAGCAUAGAGUAGGCAUAUUAGACAUUACUCCGAUCAGCAAAAUAAAGUAAAACAGACAAAACAAAAGAGAACUAACAAGGGCAACGUAAGGAUGUCCUUCAGCAUUUUGUGCAAGGUUACCACCAGAGUCAGCCACCCCUGGCACUCCUGUUUGAGCGAGAGUAGGCAUGUAGAGGAGGGAGUAGUGAUUUAUUCAGAGGAAGCCAAAUUAAUGACUCAAAUUAAUUAUUCAAACAUGUUUUUCUGACCCCCUCCUCCCACGCUGUAAUCAAGGACAAGGUCUGGAAUUCCUCGUUUUGCUUCCUUUAAAAGGUGUCUCAAAAAAAGUUGUUUUUAGUAUCUCAAAAUUGGCAUUUUGAUAUGGUACAGCAUAAUAGCAGCAGAGAAAAUAGUAUGAUCCUUUUCAGAAAUCUCCCUUAUCCCCACUAGAACUGUGUCAGAAAGGAGUAUGUGGAUUCUAGGACCUUGGAAGCAAUGUGACAGCUAAUAUUUGAGCUAAUAUUGGACACCUUUUGUUUAAUUUCCUGGUCAGAGAUCCAGUCCAGAUCUGAUUCCUAUUUCCUAUUAAAGUAAGGUCUUCCCGUAGAGAUUUUAACUGUUCUAUUAAAUUGACCUCAAUUACCAAGAGUGGUCUUCCCUUAAUUACACAAUAUAACCUUACAAUAUACAAUAUAUACUUCAUCUUUGUCAACCAUUUCUUCAAGGUAUGACUUCUCAUAUCCAUUAUAUCCAUAUCCAUCUUAUCAGCUUUGGCUGGUUGUCUUUUAUUUACCGAGCUUCUCUUCACCUCUGUAAAUACCACGUGAAGAGCUCACCUCCUCCCACCCUCCAAUUAACUACAACUAUGGCUGGUGAAGGGGGAUGUGGGUUUGACAUCAGCAGCAUCUACAGAGGCCACAACCUGUGUAGUCUUGGUCAGUCGCCAUAAUAUCAUUGUAGCAUACCUCAUUACUUCUGAUCGCAUAAUGCUGAACAUACAACUUCUUAAUCAGGUCACGUGGAGUCCCAUAUACCUGGAGGCAAAGUGAUAAUCUCUCUGACUAUAUGCCUGGAGGCAAAGUGAUAAUCUCUCUGACCAUAUACCUGGAGGCACACAGCUAGCUUUUCUGUCCUUGCUCCCACAAUAUUGUAAUGUUUUAAGGUAGGAUUCCAAAAUGAAUGUCAAGAAUGCAUCAAAUUACUGCAAAGACUGUGAUAAUAGGGACUUAAUCAGGAUCUAUUUUUGAUGACCCUGUAAAAGUCUGGUUUGGAAAAAUUAUAUAAGGAGGAUAUUCAAUGUAAUGUGUGGGUCCCCAGAUUCCUUUUGUGUUUUGGUCACCCUGUGCCCAUUAUUGGUGCAGGGUAUGUUAAAUGUAUUGCUUUCCCUUUUUGUUUCCCCAGCAGGGCAUUGUCCCAGGGACACUGCCAGCACAGUUUAAACUUACUGUCCCAUCCCUCCUCAAUGUCCUAUAAGCCCUUGCUAUUGUCUGAUCCCACCCUUCCUUGGACUGUAGUGCUCUAUGUACCCUAUUGUAUGUAAAUGAGGCUGUUGGGGGUUUAAAUGUGUGAUCUAUGUCUAUUAAAGUUAGUUGUUGUUUUAACCUUCACGAACUGUCGUCUGGUGUUUGGUCCAGGAUGGAAAAGGCCCUCAGUGAUCCCAGUCAAGCCUCGGCGACUGGAUCUGAAGUGCUCCAGGGUCCCUGAUAGCGAGGAAGACCUUGGCGGAGGUACUCGGUUGGAGUAUGGAGCUACGUCCGUUCCCAUAACCCUGCCCCCACAGGAAGUAUGGCUAGGGCAGAGAUUGCACACUUCCUUCUAGCCAUACCAAUUCAUACAAGCAAUGGAUGCCCUGAUCAGCUGAUUGUAGUCUUUGAUUUUCUCAGCCAAUCACAACAAUUCCAUUGCUGCUCAGGUUAAUACUUCCUCAUUAGCCCAAGCAGCAUGGAGAAGAUGGCGGUGCGGACUCACGGUUAGCUUUAAAAAAUUUAAAAAGUUUCAUGCUGAAUGGAAGGAUGGUGAGAAGGAAUUACAGACACUAUAACCACUUCAAUGAGAUGAAGCAGUUAUAAAAAUAAAGAUGUAUUCUACCAGCAUGCACUGGGAAGUUGUGUCUUGCUGUGACCUGGGGCAGAAUUCUAUGACCAGACACAGGUUUAUCUCUGGUAAUUAAAUAGCAAUUCUUCAAGACGAUUGUUAUUUAUAUGUCAGAGAUCAAGCUACGUUUGGUAAUGGAAUCCAGCCUCUGGAUAUGAACGAGCUCAUUUCAUUUUGAAGAUGUGUGUUUAUUAGUAAUAGUAACACUAGCACUAGCACACAGUUAUAUAGUGUGCAUGAUGUACCUGUUAUUCUAAAGAUACGUUGUGUUUUCACAUCCUAAUCUAGCAUGUUAAGUGAUGUCACAUCAUGCAUUAAAAACACUGAAACAUGAUUUGGCUGACAAGGUGCAAUGUAAUGCGCCUAAUAACAACGUAGCAUGAAAUAUAAAUGUAUCGGCCUGUUUAAUUAGACGCUAUACGUCUGGGCAACAGCAUUGUAGCUGUUACUGUUUAUUCGUCUCUGUUCCAUUACUGGUAUACGAGAAAAGGGGACAGGGUAAUAGGAAGACAGAUAUAGUAUGGGUACUUGGGAGACAGAUAUAGGGUGGGUACUGGGUAGACAGAUACAGUGUGGGUACUAGGGAGACAGUAACAGUGUGGGUACUGGGGAGACAGAUACAGUGUGGGUACUGGGGAGACAGUUACAGUGUUGGUACUGGAGAGACAGAUAUAAGGUGGGUACUAGGUAGACAGAUACAGUGUGGGUACUGGGGAGAGGUACAGUGUGGGUACUGGGGAGACAGAUACAGUGUGGGUACUGGGGAGACAGAUAUAGGGUGGGUACUGGAGAGACAUACAGUGUGGGUACUGGGGAGACAGAUACAGUGUGGGUACUGGGGAGAUAGAUACAGUGUGAGUACUGGGGAGACAGGUACAGUGGGAGUACUGAGGAGACAGAUAAAGGGUGGGUACUGGGGAGACAGAUACAGUGUGGGUACUGGGGAGACAGAUAUAGGGUGGGUACUGGAGAGACAUACAGUGUGGGUACUAGGGAGACAGAUACAGUGUGAGUACUGGGGAGACAGGUACAGUGUCAGUACUGAGGAGACAGAUAAAGGGUGGGUACUGGGGAGACAGAUACAGUGUUGGUACUGAGAGACAGAUACAGUGUGAGUACUAGGGAAACAGAUAUAGGGUGGGUACUGGGGAGAGGUACAGUGUGGGUAUUGGGGAGACAUACAGUGUGGGUACUGGAGAGACAGAUACAGUGUGGGUACUGUGGAGACAUAUACAGUGUGAGUACUGAGGAGACAGAUAUAGGGUGGGUAUUGGGGAGACAGAUACAGUGUGGGUCCUGGAGAGACAGAUACAGUGUGGGUACUGGGGAGACAGAUACAGUGUGAGUACUGAGGAGACAGAUACAGUGUGAGUACUGAGGAGACAGAUAUAGGGUGGGUACUGGGGAGACAGAUACAGUGUGGGUACUGGAGAGACAGAUACAGUGUGAGUACUGGAGAGACAGAUACAGUGUGGGUACUGGGGAGACAGAUACAGUGUUGGUACUGAGAGACAGAUACAGUGUGAGUACUAGGGAAACAGAUAUAGGGUGGGUACUGGGGAGAGGUACAGUGUGGGUAUUGGGGAGACAUACAGUGUGGGUACUGGAGAGACAGAUACAGUGUGGGUACUGUGGAGACAUAUAAAGUGUGAGUACUGAGGAGACAGAUAUAGGGUGGGUAUUAGGGAGACAGAUACAGUGUGGGUCCUGGAGAGACAGAUACAGUGUGGGUACUGGGGAGACAGAUACAGUGUGAGUACUGAGGAGACAGAUACAGUGUGAGUACUGAGGAGACAGAUAUAGGGUGGGUACUGGGGAGACAGAUACAGGGUGGGUACUGGAGAGACAGAUACAGUGUGAGUACUGGAGAGACAGAUACAGUGUGGGUACUGGGGAGACAGAUACAGUGUGAGUACUGAGGAGACAGAUAUAGGGUGGGUACUGGGGAGACAGAUACAGUGUGGGUACUGACGAGAGAUACAGUGUGGGUACUGAGAGACAGAUACAGUGUGCGUACUGGGGAGACAGAUACAGUGUGAGUACUGAGGAGACAGAUAUAGGGUGGGUACUGGGGAGACAGAUACAGUGUGGGUACUGAAGAGAGAUACAGUGUGGGUACUGAGAGACAGAUACCGUGUGGGUACUAUUAUUGAGGGAGAAGCAUUACAGCUGCUGCAAUGUUUGUAUAUCACUUCAUUUAUAACAAGUUAUGUGCAGGGAGGCAGGAAUCCUCUACACACUUUGUAAAGAGCAGUUAUGGUGAUUGGAGUGUCCCUUUAAUUAACAGGUACAGGAAAUGUUAUUUUGCCUUCAUUGUUGGCAAUAUUUGUCAUAUGUUAAUUAAUUAAUAAAGCUAAAAUUGUAAUCUUUCUUUAAAAUUUUUUAGUUCAAUAGUUUGACCAUUGUUCUCAUCCUUUUUCUACCACCUUCUACAUACUGUCCCAUGCAUGGCUAUUCAUUCAUACAUUCCCGUUAGUAUACUUGUUAUUUCACCAGUUAUGGGAGUGAAAAGCUGAUCAUUGAUUUGAUAGUACCGUUUCAUUCCCUCCGUCACAGUAGCAAUUACGCUGUAUGUCUUAUUCAUGUCCUGUGUGUUAGGGGAAAUAUUGCAUCUCACCAUUCUGGAGACCUCCAUAUGCCACAAUCCUUUAAUCUCACAGUUUAUAAUGUCUCCAUAAACCAUCAUUGCCAUUACUCUGCAAGUUGCACUGCUGCAGAGGAAUUUUAUUUGGAACAUUUAUUCACCUAAGUAAUGACUUACUCUAAGGGCUCGUAAUAUUUACACUGGCCCUUUGGACAAUCUCCAAACUAUAAAUGAUGUCUUUGAACCUGUUUGUUGGCAAGAUCAAUUAUUGGCAACUGUAAAAGUUCUACACUGCACAUUCUAUAUGUAGAAAUAGUCUGAAGUUUAUUGUAAGUGAACUUACAAAAAGAUAAGUGUUGCCAAGUUGUUGGCUAAUUUGUUUAGAAACACCUGUUGCUUCCAAACUGUGAUUGAAAAUGAGGUUUCCGUCUGCUUAGAUGGCAUUGAGAAUGGGCAACACACCAGAGGAGAAUGCAGAUUAAUUGCCGGGCACUGUAUGUUCGUUUGAUCUGACGUCUCAUGUCAAAGACCAUUAAACAUCGCAGCCACUGAUAAAAGCAGUAAUGCAUUAAGACACAGAAAACACACGCAGACACAGUAUGCGUAGGAGUUGCACAACAAACACAAAAAAUUCUCGAUGGGUAAUGUCUACAGAAGAAACACUGAUUUAACCUGACAGGUAUUUGAUUCAGUACAAUACACACAGUACAAAAAGCCUCUAGAAGUUUAAUGGGACAGUAAAUAUUAUCAUACAAAACAUGAUAUGGAGAAAAAAGGGAUCUCCCCAUUACGCCUCAUUGGAUUAGCAACUCAACACGAAUUUGUGUUUAGAAUUCAUAUCUGCAGAAUGUCAUUAUAGACAUGUACCGGAUAGAGUCUGUUUCCAUUGCUUUAGGGUCUGUUUGCUUUAAAUUGACUCUCUUUUUUUUUCUCUUUUACUAUAUUUGAACGGGUGAAACCAUGUCUUGGGAGACCCACUUUAGUAGGAAACACCACUUAUCUUAGAUUACAGAAUAUGAGUGCCUUUUUUUGGAUGCCCUGUGCUUGCAUAUGAUGUUAGGGUUUGUGAACUCACAUUAGCUCUUUAUCAUUUGUGCAGUUUUUCGUCAGUAACGAUGCACUUCUGGUAAAAUAAAUUACUUAAAGAUUGUUGCUCCCAUUUAAUAAGGUUAAAUCGGGAGAUAAAGCAAUAUUUACUUUUAUUUACGCUUUAAAAAAAUUAAACUCACAGAGGCUAGAAUAAUUUGAUCUUUUAUUCUAAGCAAUAAUGAAAAAUUAUUAGUUUCACUUUAAUUUGAUUUUUGUCAGAUGUGGUGAAACUCCCCCUCUCCAGUUCAGUGAGUCAUUCUUUAUUAUAAUCUGUACUUCACAAUAAAAGCUGGGAUAUCUCAUGUAGCCUGAUUUUGCCAUACACUGCUGUAGAGUAUUACUUAGUGGUCCAAAUGUCUACCUGACAUGAUAGGAUCCCAAGUGGAGAAGCCUGUGUUUGUUAGCUGUAUUGCUAAGGAGUGACUUUAUUGAUGUUAUCAUAUAUAUAUAUAUAUAUAUAUAUAUAUAUAUAUAUAUAUAUAUAUAUAUCUUUCCUUUUAAAACUAAUAAAAUAACCAUUGUUUAAUCCAGUCGUGUCACUUGAAACAAGAAAUUAUAGUUACAUAAAAAUAUAUUGAAACACUUUGAUGAUUUAAACAAUGACAUAAUGUACAAAUAUGUAUAAAAUACAUUUAUAGAGAACAUUAUAAUCUGUGCCGUUUUCUGGCCUGCUCGUCUGCUACUACAAGGUGUAAUUCCUUGCGCUGUCCAAUAUCCAAUCCCUGGAUAGAUUUAUAAAGAAACCUGCAGUAACAUCUGGAGCAAGCAUUUCUCAAAUAGAACAAUUGCUAUACGGUCUUACACACAUAGACAUGCACAAGGGGUGUAACUUGUAUGUCCAGGACAAAUUGUACUCCUUGUCUCAGAUUAUGUCCCUCUCAGGUGUUAAAUGUACUUUUGGACAAACUCAGUGGGCGAUAAAGUUAAAGAAAUGUGACAAAUCUGUGUAUGCACCUAGUUAGCUCUAGAGUAAAAAUUAUGGAUUGCGUUCCUUAAUUUUGAAGUUGGUAUUUUAAAGCAAAUUUUACAUGACAGUUUGACAACAAAUUAUUAAUAAUAGUAAUAAUAAAAAAUAUAUGAUUUAAUCGUGGUAUCUAUUUUAAAAUGUUAUAUAUUUUACAGUCCAAUAAAACAAAUAUUGAAAAUCACAUGAAAUAUGUUGUGCACAUUGUGCAUUACAUUGGCUUAUAGAUGGAUAUUCCACAUGUAGUGCAUUGCAUACCCCAACAUAUCAAUAUGCACUAUAUAGAAAAAUAUAUAUAUAUUUUUAAUUAGUAAUCUAUAUUAAUAAAAAUUGCAUGUAUUUUAAUAUUAUUUUGUACUUUUAAUAUAACAUUGUACCCUAUUGUAACAAUGCAAUGUUUGUGGACCCAGGACAUAAUUGAAAACAAGUGAAAUCAUAAUGUAUUCUUCCUGGUAAAAUAUUUUAUAAAUAAAGGAAUGUCACAACUUGACUUUUUGUAGGAGAUAGUUCAAUAAUCGAGGUACCAUCUUAAACAACUCAGUCACAAAUAAAUGCCUUAGAGCAGGCAUGGGCAACCUUCGGCACUCCAGAUGUUUUGGACUACACCCCCCAUGAUGCUUUGCCAGCAUUAUGGGUGUAAGAGCAUUAUGGGGGAUGUAGUCCACAACAUCUGAAGUGCCAAAGGUUGCCUAUCGCUGCCUUAGAGGCAUGCAUUAAACGCAGCAACACGCAGAUAACUUGGUCUCAGCUGUGGUUGGCUGGCUUAUAUUGUCCACAUUGUAUGUGGUCUAACUAGAAUAACAUUGUAUAGUUUGAACCCUGACUUUGGAACAUGUGGUUUUUUAUAUCAUCAUUUGAAUACGGGAAGAAAGUAAUUAAUCUGAUAUGGAUGAUUUAGAAAUUAAAUAUUAGUCAUAAACCGCAGGAGCCAAUAAGUACAGCCUGUACAAGAUGAAUGGAGAAAAAGGUAGCACAUUUUCCAAACUUUUAAUGAAUAACAGAGAGUUCUAACAAAAAAAUAGAAAAAAAAUUACUUUCAGUAUAUUUUCUUAUACUCUUUUUGUGUGUGUUUGCAUGUUUGCAGAACUGGAUGAACUGGAUUCAGAAAAUUAUUCACCUUAGAUUCACUGACUUCAGACAAAGGAUAUCCGCGAAGUGCAAAUGGGCCUCCGUCACAACUCUACAUAACUAAACGGAAGGAUGGAACGGAAACCAGCCUGCAAUGAGAGCCCAUCCUUGGGCUCUGAAAAGGAGCCCUUGACUUGUAGGACCCGUUCAGAAUGCAAAAAGGACGGACAGUUGCUGAGGAACUGCAAGCCUUCGUUACGUCUAUCUGAAGAGCUAAAUAAAGUUCAUCCUAGUCCGGGGGAAAGAGCCGAGCUUGGGCCAUUGCCCAACAAAUACUUAGCAGUUCAGAGUCCCGAAGCCCCCUGCAAUGGUACCCGAAAUGGUGUGGAUGAAAGUUCAACCCAAACACUCACUGUCAUCCCAUCAUGCAGAGCCGAGGUGCAGCAUUUGCAAGCAGAGGUAUGGGAGAGAGAAACUUGGAGUAAAAAAAUAGACUUCCUUCUUUCGGUUAUUGGCUAUGCAGUGGACCUGGGAAACGUUUGGAGGUUUCCUUACAUCUGUUACCAAAAUGGAGGAGGUCAGUACACGUAACCCUUUGUGUUUUCUUUUUAUAACCAUAUCUCUGCAGAUUGCAGUGAACUAUGCUUCCAAGAGCAUUUUGUUCUAGAUAAUUGAGAAGAGAUUUGCUGAUUUGUCUAUUCUUUGUAGAAUGGGAAUUUGCUCUUCCACAGCCCGGUGCUAAACAUGUUUAAUGGGUUGCAGGGUGGGCCAGUAAAAACCUGGCUUAGCACACUGUGAGUUGUAGCAACUGAUGUGCCAGAUGUUGUAUGGCAGCAGGUAAGUAAUUCAAGUUUUAAGAGCACAGUGAAUCUACACCUCUGACUUUCUACAAUGUUUCCCUGGCUUAUACUAUAGUGAUCUAGUUUUGUACUAUUGUACAAGCAUGAGCGUAACACAAUUGCUGCUAACAAAAAAGCUUGAUGUACGGACAUUUUUACAACAUAUGGCUCCGAGGUUGACAUACCAAAAUGCUCCCCCUAUAUCCACAUGUGUCCCUCUCACCAUAUCAUCUGUAAGUGCGUAAUCAUUAUACAUAAACAUAGCUACAGUCAAACUAGUAACAGUGUUGGUGUCAGUGUCUAUCUCUAUCCUCGUAAAUGUAUCUCCCUAUACCUUGUGGAUUCUUUCCUAUCUCUUGCAAAUGCCAUUCCCUAGUACAUAGAGUGUUGCACCCUGAAAAUUGAAUUAGUAUAAAACAACAUCAGUAUUCAACAGAUACAUGGGGUGGAUGGGUGCAGAUAAAAAGUUGGAAAAGUAAGGGGGAUGAAAUGUUGACAUUACAGGAUGGAAGGUAACCUGUCCAGCUUUGGGUGGAAAUCAUAACUGUCCCCAUUGCUCCCAGCCUGUCAUCGCUGUUCAGUGUUAAAUAGGUCAUUACAGAAGUUCACUUGCUCAGCAACAGGCAAGGAGCAACGUUCUUAAUAGAUAGUUUGAAACAAGGGAUUACCAAAGAUCCCCUCUAAGUGCUGGCCUUUAGUACUGCAGUCUGCUAAUUUGUUUUAGUAGCCUAACCUAAAUAAGUCUAACCUAAUUCAUUUUAGCAUGCAUACAACUAAUGGAAAAAUACACCACAAAGUGAAAGAAUUAAAAUACAUUGUGAAUAAAAAAAAAAAAUAUGCAUGAUAAAAACAUUUUUUUUUAAAACAUGAUUUUACUAUUUAAUACAUCAUUUUAAAAAUCAUCUGGCAAUUAUAUUCUAUGGUUGUUAUUUCAAGAUUAAAGGGGUACUGUAGUGCCAGCGAUACAAAGCUGUAUUCCAGUUACUAAAGCUUACCCUGCUUCCCCGCUCCCUAACACCCCCACCCUCCCAGUCAGAGAAUAAAGGGUUAAAAAGCGUCUUUACCUAGCUGAUCCCAGCGCCGAUGUCCCUGGGCACUGGGUCGCGGCUCCCCCUCCAACGUCCCUUGAUGAGCGGUCACUAAUGCACAUGCACGGCCAGUGCCACACGCGCAGUAGGCCUUCCCAUAGGAAUGCUUUUCUAUGGGGAAAUAGCUGACGCCCGAUGUCAUGAGGAUGUCACGUGUCAGAUACCGGACCAAAGGUCCAUUUGGAUCCAGUAUCGCCUCCACUGGAGGCAGACUUAGUUUCUCUGGAACUGCACUGUUCAACAUUGCAGCACUAAGUGCAAUAGGGACAAUGCACCCAGACCACUUCAAUGAGCUGAAGUGGUAUGGGUGCCUAUAGUGUCCCUUUAAUUUUAAUUUAUUUUCUAGUACAAAAAAAGUGGGGUUUAUUCACUAAACAGUAAACAAAAUAAAAAUUACAAAUGUAGGCUAAAAUAACCAAACUGUGAUUAUAGCUGUAAAUAUUUUUUCAUUCAUAGUUUAUUGAGCAUAUAUUAAAUGUUUCUCACUUGAACGACAUAUAUAUCAUUUACUUACGUCAGUCAUAAUCAAUAUGCACAAUAAAUACUAUACAUGGAAAAGACUUAGCUAGACUAAUAGACCUAAAAAAGACAGAAAAUCUAAGCAGAAAGGAGGAAAGAGAAAAAACUGAGGGCAAAUGGGGUAGAGGGAGAGGUGACAGGUUAAGUUAGAGAUUUUUUUUCCAAAUUAAAUAUUUUGGCUAAAUUUUGCAGUUCAAUUUUUUAUUCACUGCAAUUCAGUGUUCGGAUAAUAAGCCCCAUUGUUAGUCAUUUGCAUUAUUACAACCAGCUGAGACUUGUAUUUAUACUAUUUAUAUCAACGUGCCUACCUAUGUCUGUGUAUUAUUAAUAAUUGACAGAAUUUGUAUUGUUUUCUGGAAGCCAUAAUGUGAUUAAACACAGUUAUGGUAUUUAAACAUCAUAUAAAAAUACUAUGAUAUCAUAGUUUUUUCAGACUUAAAGGGACACUCCACAGAGUCCACACACCGGCUAAAGCAUUUAGCUUGCUGAUUUGAUUUAGGUGUGAAGAGAGUGUCCUCUUUUUUUCAUUUUAUAAACAGUGUAGAUUUCAUAGAAAUUUGAACUUUUAUAAAUUAACCUUGUUAAAUCCCCCUGGUCUUCAAGCAGACAACCAUGUCUGUUACUUCCUGGUUGUUUAGCUCAGGUUAGGGUCGGGCUGGACCAGGGAAAGGGGGCAAUUGCCCCCAAGCAGUCCUAAAUUGGAGCCAUACCAGUAGCAUUACCGGUAUAUUUUGUGGCUGGCAGCCAGUCAGCCACCUCUGUGGGGAGGGCGAGGGAGUGCAGUGCCUGUGCACUGUAUUUGUGCACUUCAUGUCUGUCUGCCUCUUAUGCUCCCCAUGUGUCUCAGGACGUCAGAGGUUGAGUUAUGUGACCCGCAACCUCUGACUCUACCAAACAUGCGUAGAGUGCGAGAGGCAGCCUCAACUAGACAUAAGGGAGGUCCUGAGGAUGCCAUCUGGUUCCUGGGUUAAGUGCAGAAGAUGCCAUCUGAAUCCUGGGGUAAUUGCAGGGAAUACCAGGCAUCUUGGUGCAGUGCAAGUGCUGGGCAUGCAAUCAGGGUGCCUGUGCAAGUUGCUGGGGCAGAGAGAUGACACAGGCACAGAGAGGGUGGGGGCAGAGAUAUGGUACAGAGAGGGUGCUGACUGAAAAAUGGCACUGGAAGAUUGUUUGGGGACACAGAUAGCACUGGCAAACUUUUUUGAUGCACAUAUGGCUCAUUGACAUGAUAUACAGGGUUUAUGUAUUUAAUGCAUUUUUCCCUUACUAGAAAAUCCUUCAGAACUCCUUUUAAUAAAUGCUUGCCUUGUUGGGGAGAUCUCCCUUAUUGAUUAGUGAUGUCCAAGUACCAAGUGUGCAGGGCAAUUGCUCCCGGGCUGCUUUCUAACCACUUUUCACAUCUAAAUGCCCAAGUGCAUAGCACUUUAAUUCUUUCUAUUCAAUUUUCACGUAUGUUUACCAACACAUCUAUUUAGUUUGUGUACUUUUGUCUAUCGGUGGUGGGUUGGUAAAAUUACGCUUCAGGCCACAAGUAGCCAGGCUUUUCCUGGCUCUGGUGAAAACAUUAUAUUUUGUGCUGCUUAGUCUUAUAAAGUGAGCACCUAUUCAACCUCUUAUACAGUGGAUAUUAUGUUCUAAAGAAUUCUCUGAAAUUCUCACGAGUAGCUCUGUUAACAGAAGUGUUUUUUUUAUAUACUUCCUUAUAAUGAGUCAAAAUUUGUUUGGGAAAUUUAUCUUUUUAUUCCUAAUUGAUCAUUCAUUUGAUUUGGUUUAUAGUAAUAUUACAGGAUCUACUUCAAUUGUGCUAAUACGAUGAAUACAUUUGAGCAAUAAUUAAAUGUUUUUUUGUCAAUAAAGUAAAAAUAUCCAGUCAUAUAUUCACCUAUACAAGGUUUCUCCAUAAACUGAAUUAUGAAAAGGUAUUUUUGUACUAUGUAUGACAGGGUCUCACAUUCUAUUGUUACUAUUACAGAUCCAUAUCUGUGUAUCUCUAUAUAUAUGUGAAUUGAUUUUGUGUGUAGACAUCUUUAGUUAUAUAUAUACAAAGCUAUGUUCUGAUAUCAUUUGCUCAGUUGAGUUUAUGUAUCAUUCUCAGACAUUUAGAGCACAGUAUGUUAAACUACAUGGCAGAGAAUCACAUGGGCCAUACCAUUAACUAGAUGAACUACACCUUUUCUGAAGUCUGUCUUUAUCUGUCUAUUACCAUAGUUAACACAAUAUACUAAUACGUUACAUAGUGAAACACGACACCGAACUAAGAGUUAGGGUGUCUGGAUUUAACAUUUAUUUUAAGCUAGACCAAUCAAUUUUCUUAAAAAUUCAAUCGUAGGGACACAUACCCCAACAUGUCAAUACACACUAUACAGAGCACAAUAAAAAAUUUUUUAGCAAUGCAUAAUUGCAUCUAGCUUGUGUGGAUGUCUGCAGUGUACCAUAAAGUUUUUUUUUUUUUAGUUAUCUCUGUCCUCAGGAGUCUAACAUUAACCAUUGGUAAAAUGGAAUGGUAAUUCCUUCUUGUGCUUAACCACCUUGUUAUUUUCAGGAGCCUUUCUUAUCCCAUAUGUGAUCAUGGCAGUCUUUGGUGGGAUUCCUCUAUUUUAUAUGGAACUGGCUUUGGGUCAGUACCACAGGAGUGGCUGUAUAUCUAUAUGGAGGAAAAUCUGCCCCUUAUUUAAAGGUAAGAAAGAUGAACACUGUCAACUGGGGAAACCGAAACAGCCCAAAUGUUUCAAUUAUUGUAACUCUAAUCUCGUGUCUUAAAAUAUGAGGAUAAUUGUCUAUACAAAUAUAAAAAUAGCCCAUACCCUCUAAUGUGAUGUUAUGGGGUGUUUUGAGAGAUUUCCAAACCUUGCCAUAUGCACCCUUACAUUACAAAUUUUAGGAAUGUCCCUGCUUCUGUCCCUAUAUUAAUGAAACUUGGUUUGGGGACCUCUGUGGUAGUGUGAUCUUAUAAUUAAUAUCUACUUUCUCCAGGAAUCGGCUAUGCUAUCUGCAUAAUAGCCUUCUAUGUAGCAUCUUACUACAACACCAUCAUAGCCUGGGCACUCUACUACCUCAUGUUCUCCUUCCGGGGUGAACUACCCUGGACAAGCUGCCAUAACGAAUGGAACACUGAAAACUGCACAAAUUACUUUCACAACAGCAGCGUCACGUGGUUCAACAACUCCAUCUCCCCAGCAGAGGAGUUUUACACGUAAGUGCAUGUAAGUGUGGUGAGGAAUAAUGGGCCCUUAAGGGAGAUGGGACAGGAGAAGAAUUGAAUUUGACAUUGAGAAAGGAAAAAUAUAUAAGACAACCAAAUAUAAUUACAGUUGACGUGGUAAAUAUUGGCAACGGAGAUGUAUACACUUUGUAUUCAUAGUAAAAUGAUAAUGACAACAGUUACUUCUUAAAAUCAAAAAAAGUCUCAAAAAUGUUUCUUGAUGGAGAUCCAGUAUUUGUGCAGUCUUGCCUUGUGCCAACAUUUUAUAAUUUCCAGUAUAAGUUCAUUUUACAUCCAUUUUAUAAAAGUAAAAAUGUUCCCCUUCAAAACCUUCUCUGCUAAUUGUUUACAAUGGGUUGAAUUCUUACCUGCAUGGAUAAGUAGCAUAUCUUAGCGUUUUUGAUAACCCAGUAUUGUAUUCCACAUUUUGGAUUUGAGCAGUUGUUAUUGAACAAGUUGUUGAGGUUGUUUGACACUGCUUCAUCCACCAUGCUCAUGUGAGGUCAUUUAGAGGACCAGGGCGCAUUAGGUGUGAUGCUGAGAACAGAUUUUUAAAAUGUUUAAAGUUGGAAAAGUAAAAAAAAAAAAAACCAACAAUCAGCUCAAUGAAUAAUUGACAACAGAACCCAGUACAAAUCACGAGGGUUGGGUCUCGGAACAAAAUGAUGAUUGCGUAUAGACUCUGACAUAAAUUCCAUACCAGUACAUUUAAAUCUGUGAUCUAAAUCCUCUUUACUAAAUCUUUUUCUCCAUUAAGUACAAAAUGAAGACUCUGAAUAACACCAUGUUUUACAAAUGAUUUCCUUCAAAGUCCAUCAUGGUUACUCUACGAUGUCAAAAGUAAUUUCAGAAAGUAUUGGUCCUAAGCCUUAUUACCUCAUCUAAUUAUUCCAUUGUUUUAGCAGAAACCUAAAGCCUAAGUUUCACGUCUUGUAAGGUAGAUUAGCUCAGAGGGUUAUAGUGAAGGCUAUUUCUCCUGUUUUUCAGCCGGCUAGUGCUGCAGAUUCAUAAGUCAAAAGGUCUACAGGAACUUGGUGGAAUCAGCUGGCAAUUGACUCUUUGCCUGCUUUUCAUCUUCACUGUUGUUUAUUUCAGCAUAUGGAAAGGAGUUAAGACAUCUGGAAAGGUCAGUGAAAAAAAAAGACAAGGUAUUAAAUAUAUUUCAUAGAGCAGGGUUUCCUCACUCGGGACUUAAAGCAUAUCUACUGUCCAGAAUUUAGGAAUUUCCCAAAUCUAUUCCAAUGGAGAUAAUGACAAACCUGGAGAGCCUGGAGAACUGUUGUUCCUUGAAGAAUAGGUUGGGUACCACACAAGCACAGCACACAUGUUGACAGAAACAAGGAAAGAGAGUGGAAAAUAGGGUGGAAGACAAAAGAGAGAUUAAUUGAGAACAAAAUAUGUGCAGAAGAUUUACAAUUCACUUGAGCUCCUUGCCCAUUUGACUCUUCGGCAUAACCUUGUGGAGCAUCGCCAACAAUUGCUUAGCUUUUAUUUUAAAUGUAAUUUUCUAAAUCCUAUUUUGAUACAUCUAAUUAAUGUUGCUUAGAACAUAUGCUUUAGAGGCCAACAUAAACCAACAAAUCUAGGACAAGGAACUACCAAUGAGCACCAUUCAGCAGAUUGAGAUGAGCACCAAAUGUAUCUCCAAGUUAUUUCCCAUGCCCUCCAACUUACUGUGGUCAUGUUCCUUCAAUACCAGCGCUCCUAUAGAAAAACCUAUCUUGUCAUGUUAUCUGUGAAUAAAACAAAACAGCGUAGAAUAUAUUGUAUGUUCCUUAAAAUGAAUCAAUAUAUCUAUCCAUUAUGAUGCAAAAUGUUCACACACCACCUCUUUUGAGGUUUCACUAUCUAACAUUUUCCCUGUGCCAGGUGGUGUGGGUUACGGCUACUUUUCCUUACAUUGUACUCACCCUUCUCUUAAUUCGAGGGGCCACACUCCCCGGUGCCUGGAGGGGGGUAAUUUUCUACCUGCAACCAAAAUGGGACAAGCUUCUAACCACUCAGGUAAGAAAACAAAACAAAAUUAACUAUGUUGAUUUUAGAAAAUUUCUUUUGUUUAAAAUUAAAUAACAAAUAUAAUUUAUGGAAAAAUGUGAAUGUAGAUCUAUAUAUAUAGAAACAAACGUGUAUUUGAAUUCUGUUUUUAAAGGUUUAGAAAUAUAAACUCCCCCCCAUCCUCCAGUAAAAAAUAAAGAAAAACCCAACAAUUGUCUAUUCCUAACAAAUAAUGAACUUUUUAUUUUUUCAAUAAAUCAAUUUUUUUUAAAUAAACAAAACUUCCCCAGUGAUAUUAACUUGUUUGUACUGUUCCUAGCCAUUUAUUUUAAUUCUGUUCGUAUGUUUGUCUCUAUACAUUAUAAAAGAUGCUCGAUUCGAAAGUAGAUCAGAAUAUAUAUAUGGCAGGGCUUCUAGGUAUUACAUAGCAUGAGCUAUAGGUACAGCUGCUGUAUGUCACACAGAGUGCACAAAAAUGUCACUCCUAUUAAUGUGAUCAGUGAAAGGAGGAACGCUGCCUAAGGAACAUUUUUUAUGCACAUCUCUUUUUCUUUUAAAUGCAGCACUAAAUUCACAAUAUUUUUUAUCAUACAAUAUGCGUACAAUAAAUACUUAAAAAAAAAAGACGCUAUAUGUCUUCAAAGGGAAUGGUCACUUCUGUGGACCAUUGAGAGUCGCCUAUAACGUGUCUUGACCAUUUUUAAUAGGUUGCUUUGUUUUAUUACAUGUUAAAUAUUUAGCAACUGAGAUUACAAUCCAGUUUAAUCCUGGCACAGCCAGGGAGGAGGAAAAACAUAAAGACAGCGCUUAUAACAGUGAAUGACAGGAAACCAAGAUGGAGACACUCAGUUCCAGGAUACAGCAGUUAAAUACAGCAGUGUGGAUUAUACAUUUAAUUUUAGACACUUAUUAGUAACAUAUAAGGGAUACAGUAACAUAAUAGUAAAACUCUUGGUAAGUAUUACCUCUCCAUUCCUGAUGUUGUGCCGUGCUAUGCACAUUAAAUUCUCUGGACCUUCUGACUGGGUUGUCAGGCAGGUCCCCCAGUAAAUGAAUCAUAAAAUAACAUAAUUAUACAUGAAUAAUACAUAAGUACACUUAGAAUGAAAUAUAUAUGUAUAUAUAAUUUAAUUCUAAGUGUAUUUAUAUUUUAUUUAUAUAUAAUUAUAUUAUUUUAUGAAUUAUAAAUUGGGGGAUGUGAAAAUCCAGGCAAAUAGUCCAGACAAUUACAUUUGCAAGCCCUAUAUUUGACCCUGUAACUUAUGAAAUCCCCAUAAAACGUGUACAUAGGGAGUACUGUUGUACUAGUGAACACAAAUAUGAGUGUUUUAGAGCAGUAAAACAUAUAACGAUAAGGAUAUAUUUUGUAAAAUGGCAGUUUGUGUGUGAAAAAUGCAAAAAAAAAAUAAUAUGAACACUAACUUUGGCCAGCAUUUGUGACUUAGUGGUUUCCAAAAAAAGACUGGUCAUACCCCAUUUUGAAUACCCUAUAUCAAGCAUGUCAAACUUGCGGCCCAAAAUGAAUAACUUCGCGGCCCACCUGCCCUGGGACUGCUUUGUGCUGCGACUGAUUCUUGUUGUCCCUCCCAUGGCCGAUCGUGUGUUCCCACGGCCGCAAGAGCACAGAGUGGCUGACUGUCUGCAGAGCAGGCCAGGCACUCCCCCUUCCUGCUCGCAGUGCCAGAGGAGCGCCUGGCCUGCUUGAGCAGAGAAGAGCAGAGCUGGAACUGGAGGACGGGCGGAUCAUCUUCAGGUAGGGGAAGAGGCUUGGGGGACCUUCCUGUGUAGUGUGUUACAUUUUGGAGGAAGGGCAGUGUAUUAAAUUUGGGGUGAGAAGGGGGCAGUGUUUUAAAUUGGGGGAGGGAGGGGAAAGUUAAUUUAUUUGGGGGAGGGAAGGUGCAGUGUAUUAAUUUGGGGUAGGGAGAGGGCCAGUGUAUUAAACUAGGAAGGGGGUGGGGGAGCAGUGUAUUUAUUUGAUGAAGGAAGGGGGCAGUGUAUUAAAUUGGGGGAGGGAAUGGGCAGUGUGUUAAAUUGGGGAAGGGAGUGGGCAGUGUGUUAAAUUGGGGGGAGGGCAGUGUAUUAAUUUGGGGGAUGAAGAGGGGCAGUGAAUUAAUUUGGGGAGGGAGGGGAGCAGUGUAUUAGAGUGAUGAAAGAGGGGGCAGUGUAUUAGAGUAGUGGGAGGGGGCAGUGUGUUAAAUUGGGGGGGAGGACAGAGUAUUAAAUUGGGGGGAAGGAGGGAAGUGUAUUAAGUUAGAGUGGAGGGAGGGGAUGCAGUGUAUUAGAUUAAGGGGCAGUGUAUUAGAUUGGGUGGAGGGGGCAGUGUAUUGGAUUUGUGGGCAGUGUAUUAGAAUGGAAAAGGGGCAGUGUUAGAUUGGGUCUGCAUAGAGGCGCUGAAUGCUACCCAUGGAGAUGCUGACUGGCCGCGCAGCUUUUUGCCUCACAUGCACAAUAGCCCAUGGGAAAGCAUUGGAUUGGCUGAGAUCAUCAAGUUUGAGCUCAGCCACAGUACAGAAUACACUCAUAGGACUUUAAAGUCAACAAGAUAAUAACUUUUUUUUUAAUUUUUUUACAGCUGUGCAACAGCAUAUAUUCACCAUUUCAGUCCUAUUAGCAAACUUUUCUUAAUGUCAAGGUAGUUGGACUAAAACAUUGGCUAUAUGCAAAUGCACGUCUCCUUAAAAUAAACUUGCUCUUUUGUUUACUUUGAAGCCUUACGAGCAUGAAGACAUCCAGUGUCAGUUAGGCAACUUUUUUUAUACUGUACUUUUCAAAACAAACCUAGGUUUUUAUGAAAACUGACCUUUUUGCUUUUUAUGUGCCCCACAUAAACUUAAACCUUGUUUAUUUGGCCCGUGUUAGCCUUUAACAUUUUGAUGUGCUUGCCCUAUGUUGUCUACUUUUGCAAAUGGUAUGACAUGAUGGAGUAAUUGUCAUUCCUGGGCUGCCUUACUGUCUCGAAAGCAACAUCGGCAACAUAGGCCCAACAAACCAAUCUGGUAAACUUCAAUGUGUAUAAACUGAAAAGGUGACAGCCCUAUAUUUGAACCUGUAACUUUCCAAAACCCCAUAAAACCUGUACAAGGGGCUACUGUUGUACUUGUGAGACAUUGGCGAACACAAAUAUGUGUAUUAUGACAUUCAUAGUUAAAAUACUAUGCAGAACUUGAAAAAUAACACAUUUCUUAAUUAUGUUUCAUAUAUAAAUAUGAAAAGGUAAAUUAUGGUUGAACAGACAUAGAGCUCAAAUUCUAGAUUUUGUUUUGGUUCAAAACUUAUAUAAUUGUCUCCGUCCUAUAGUGGUUAUAGUUUUAAGAUUGAAAGUAGAGGAUUGAAAAUUUUAGUAUGCCAGCCCUAUAAUUAAUUAUGUAGUAUAGCGCAGACAUAGAUAGAUAGAUAAUUAAAUGUUAAACAAAAAUCUGCACAUCAGUCAAGCCAUAAGACUCGCUUUUCCCACAGAAAUCACAAAUUUGCAAAGGAUUUUGGGUUGGCAUAUGCAAAUGAGUUUAACAAAGAAUCACAUUUUUGCCUCAUUCCAUUAUGAACAUGGAUUCCUUUGAGUCUGUGUUUGCGGUAUACAACAGCUUUGAAACACAACUUAGGAAAAGAUGCAAAGCCAGUGAACCACUCAUGGACAGCUUUUUCAUUGUUAAUGCAAAUCAUCAGCAUGAGGUUGGUUACUGGUUUGCUUAUUGAGGCUUGGAAGUGCUUGAAAACCAAAAAGGUUAUGGUGGGGAAAAAAUUGUGAUUGAAAACCCCUUCCACCUGAUGUUAUUAACGGGGUGGGCAUAUGGUCGGUUAACCCUCUUCCUUCCGCUCAGGAACCACUUAGCACAGCAAGAGACCCAUUUCCCCCCAGUAACUGAACGAGACAGAGCUCUGUGAGUACAACACUGACAAUGCUUUAUUGGUACAGACUUCAUUUAUUCACAGACCCCUAUAGGGGGUCUCCUUUCUAUUCAGUACAAGUCCCCAGCUUGAGGGGGGUGGUUUACAGAUCACCAUCUCCCGCUCUGGGUAAUACCAACAGCACAACAGUUACAAACAGUAAGAUACAUUACAUACAUUGGGGAACUUAGGGGGCUCCUCAUCCUGGGAAGGAAAUGGGGCACACACAGGGAACAUAUAUCUCUGGAUAGGCCCAUGUCCCAGCUAGGAUCCCUGCAAAUAGUGGGGCUAUCGGAUGUACAGAGCCCAAGAAAUCAUUGUGUAAAGUCUGGGCUUGGGGCUCUGUACAUUCCCGAAACAAGUUCCAUGGAAAUGCUUUGUUUAAGCCGAAUUCAAACUUCGUGCCUAAACCAAGUGGCAGCCAAUCAGGAAAAGGGCGUGAAACCAAAUUGCGCCAAUCAAUUCUUGGGCGGGGAGGUGUUUCACUGGCUAAUCAGGAGAAAGAGCGCAAAACCAGUUUGAAUGGCAGCCCUUCUCCCAUUGGCCGCCACGGACUUCCAGGCGGCCAGCAGGGAUCUGAAGCCGAGAAGCCGCCUCACAGCUCCAGGCAUUCUGCUGUGGCUCUCUCAGGUGGAUAUCUGCAUGUAGGUAGCACCGGAGAGCGCGCUCUUUGGGCAGCUAUGAGCCUGGACCCAUAGCUCCUGGAUAGGGAGUCUCCUGGAUCUCCUCCGGACAGUGAAUAUGUCUCCUUUAGGAGCAGGUAGGGCGAUUCACCGCCAGCAUAGCCAGUCCCAUCAAAAUGUCCCCACCAACCUCAGGACCCCCACAACAGUACAUUUCCCGACCGGUCUUCAUCCGUGAGACCCUCGUGUGAACACCUGGCAAGGAAAGCGUUCUUCUGUAUGAAUUGGCGGCCACCCAGGGGGGCACUCAUGAAUUACUUCCCUUGUGGUUUCGCACUUAUGUUACUGGUGUGAACAUUCCAAUUGAUUGGUGUGAACACUCUAAUGGGGCACCGGGCUGGUCCCCAUUCGGGAGACGAAUGGGUUCCGUUCACAUGAACGCUCCCGAACGGGGAAACAAGGUACAGCACACGAAACACACGGGGAAAUAAAGGGAAAUAUAUAUAUAUAGAGAGAGAUCUUGAGAUUAAAAUGCAUAGGUGAAAACGUUGAUCCAUUUGGUGUUUGUAACGAUCACCAUUAAAACCACAUUCACAAAGAUCUGUGAGUGGUCCCUAUUUUUUGUGACGUGUUUAAUGCGGUUAGCACCAAGUCAAGUAUCUAUUUUUGGAACUACUUUAGGAAGAGUGGCUUGUUAUUGUGAAUAUACGUAUAUUUAUUUAUUUAAAGUGAAUUUGUCACCACAGUUACAAUGAUAUUUAUGCACCAACAUUCCGCAGGUUUACUUGAACAUAUAGCAGGUCUCGAGGCACAACAUAUGUGAUCUAUCAUAGUGAUAAAUCAUAUAUGGAGCUGUAUAUUGCCCCUCGCUCCAGAUCCACCAUUAUGAAUGAUUCGUGGGUGUUACAGUGCUAUAACACCCACCCUCCGUGCUGCUCCCCGUCUGCUGUGACGGGCCCUUCUUGGGGACAUUUCCCCAAGCAGAGCGAUCCACCAUUCUGAUGCCAUGCACAUCGUUGUCAGUGCAUCCUAUACUGAUACAUACAAGUAAAGGUUGCAGGAGUAGUAACACAGCAACAGGGAGAGUUCUCUUGAUCAUUGAUGUAGGAAUAAAAAAAUUCUGGGAGGAGGCUUUCAUAGCAAUCCAGGCCACAAGUAGGGAGCAAACAGUUUUUUAUUUGUAAAAUGAUUUGUUAUCACCUGGGAGUAUAUAAAUCUAACCAACUUGUAUUUGUUUUUCUUAAGCAAUGAGACAUGAUUUUUCUGGUAUUGAUUUGUACCCCCCAAUCCCCGGGGUUUCUACACCCAUGCUUUUUGCCCUUAUUUCACUGGCACACAGGUCUAAUGCCGAGGAUUUGAGAAGAGGUAGAAGAACCAUAUUUUUAAAGAGGUUUAAAUUAAAAUGUAUACUUGUGCUAGCACAAUAUAUAGAUGGAAUUUCAUGCUUUUUACAAUCAGCCUAAAUGUUGUGUAUUACGACUUGUACACUUCAAUACACAUAUAAUAAAAUUACGUGCAUAUACAUGUAUACGUGCAUUUUACUACAAAUUACGUGAAGUAAGUGAAACUAUUUUUGUAGUUAAAAUUUUUAUAUUUUUAAGGUCACACAACUUCACUGUUCCAUUGGCACACACAAGCUCUUUGACACACACACACACACACACACUCACUCUCUUACUCACGUGAAGUAAGUGAAACUAUUUUUUUAUUUAAAAUGUUUUAUAUUUUUAAGGACACACAACUUCACUGUCCUAUAAGCACACUUUCAUUGGCACACACAAGCUCUUUCUCACACACACACCCACUUUAUACUGACACACACACACACACACACAAAUUCACCCACUGACCCCCACACAUACAAUGCAUUACCUAACUAGGUCACCACUGAGACAUUUCUGUAGUUGGCUGUUCCUCUGUAUGCUCCAUUUGUUCUUGCCUGACUGCUGAUAUAUGAUUUUAGGACACCUGAUAGUCUGUAGAUUGGGAAGGCUCGUCCAUAGGGGCAACGCCAAACCAGUUUUUAUGUGUGGAAAAAAUGUAUUUGCAGUAGUUAGAAACACUAAGAUUCUUUUUUUGUGCAGGGGAGAGUGGUAUGCCAAACAAAUAUGGGGAAAAAAAUAAUUCUGUAAUAGUUUUCAAUUCUGCAGGGCCCCUCCACCCUCAUUGGUAGCUGUUUGGAGAAGUUUACUUGAGAGCUUCUAGACAUGUUAAAAAGGGGCUGGUUUGAAAUCUGCCCUAUUUCAGCAGGUUUUGCACAUGCCUAGUGUCCUUUAGGGAAGGAAUUUCCAGAAUUUCCAUUGAGUUACCAUUUGGGCAGCAGAGCAGAGUCAGCUGCCCAUGAGUGGUGGCAUGCUAUUGCCCUCUCUAUUCAGGGGCCAUAAUUUUCUCAUAGCACCAGGGAUGGGAUUACAGUGCCCUUAAGAGAAAGAAGCAAGAUGCUAUUUUGCAAAUAGCACAGGGAGAUUAUUGCACCAGUGAAAUUUUCGUUCCGUACUAAUGAUUUCGUACUAAAUAAAAAUGUAAUUUGUCAAUCCUGAAUUCCGUCAACAAACCAUUCUUUAAAAAAAAAAAAAAUCAGCACUGCCCAUUCGCAAAACAAAAAAAAAAGCAAAGAGGGAGCCGGCACCGUUACCAGCUCCCUCCUUGUAAUAAAUAACUAUUCCUACCCUUCCCCCCACAUUAAAACCUAGUGACCUCCAUAUUAAUAAAAGGGAAGUUAAAUCCUCCUGCAUACCCCUACUCGUGUAUGCCCCUACUCGUGUAUCGCCUGAGUAGCCCUAGCUACCUGUAGAAAAAUAGCAGAAGUAUGGUCCACCCCUCUGAUACCGACCCAUUCUCAAAUCCAUAACAAAAAAUAUGACAGCAUCGACAUGGUAAAACUAACGGCUUAAGUAUAUGACACACCAAACUCAUUCCAUAAAAUCUGGGAUCCAUGGCUGGAGGGCGACACUGCUCUCCCAUGGUAGGCUCACACUACCCUCAUGCGCCUACAACACCCACGAUCACUGUGAACCGAACCAGUAACACGGAUGCCAACCACCCACCUUCCCCACCCUACCUUCUUCCCCUUACCUUCCCACCAGGUUCUGGGGGGGUCUCCGGGCUAGCGGCGCCUCCCCCCCCUCUUUUCUCGCUCCCCCCCCCCGAUACAGGUGAACCCUCAUUGGGGUUCCCCCCUAAAGUCAACCGACAAAUUCACCUAAGGAACACUUUCCUUAUAAACAAUACCACUAGCUGGCAUUACCAUCCUGAACUAAACUGGUACCUGACUCCUCUUAGGUCCAACGCCCUGGCCAGGCCUACCGCCUAUAAAGGAGUUAUGACGGGUGGACCUUGCUCUCUCACCACCCGAGAGACUCUCACUGAACACCACAUCACACAAUAAUGAAAACUGUAUCUAAUGUGCCAUGUUAACAAACAAUUAGAUUGAUGUUAUGACUGCGUUUAGAUUUCAUUGCUUUUCCUUUCUUUAAGACUAUCUUAUAAAAAAUCAUAAAUGAAGAAUCUUUAAAAAAACAUUAUUUGGAAUUUUCCCAUGCUGUGUAAUUUGACUCAUAACACUGUGAUUGGUUGCUUUUCAAAUUGAAAGCAGGUCCCCCCUAUUAUUUAUUUAUUUAGGGUCCCCACCUGCCGCUCAUGGAUGGAGACCAAAGGGGACAUUAGGUCCCCCCUUUAAUUAAUUAGGGUCCCCACCAGCCACUCAAGUCCCCCUUUUAAUUAAUUAGGCCCCCCGUUUAUAUUAAUAUCCCCCUCCAUUUGUGUUAUUUGUGUUCCCCACCAUGGGGGAACAGGGGGUCCUGUGCCAGGUCCCCCCUUAUUGAACUAGUCACUGGGCAGCAAUAGCCAUUGGCUGCUCGCUGUUAAGGCGACAUGCCCCUACUCGCGGGUCUAAAUAGCUACUUUUUCAUAUUGCAACAUUGUUAUAGUUUUUACUAUAACUUUUGGUUACAUGUACUCUUACCGUAGCGCUCUAUCACUUCUAUGUAAAAUACAGAUUUUUAUAUUCGGUUCUAAUGACAUGCCCCUACACGGGGGACCUGGCACAGGUAGGGGCAUGCAGCAAGAUUUAACCUGGGCCAGGUCCUCCCUUAUUGCACAAGUGACUGGGCAGCAAUACUUCUCUGAAUUCUGGUAUCCAUGAAUUUUGGCUUUCCCUCAUCGUUGUGUCUGAUUCUGUGUUCCUGACCUCUGCAAGUAUUUUGACUAUUCUUGGAUACGUUAAGUCCGGCCAUUCUAAGGUCCGGUUAUACGUUAUUCUUAGUCCUAGGUGUGACACAGGUCUGCGUGCUGGAUCAACUUGUAAUCCUGACAUUACGACAUGGCCAUACAUCCUAAAGAAUUGUGUCAGCUUGCGAGAGAAAGCUAGAGGAGAAUGAUCACUGUAUGGAUCAAUUUGCCCAGGCUUUUAGCACGCUCCUUACUAGGACGGCUCAUUUACAAUCUGAGGCUUCUCUGAUUAUGUCACCGUUGCCUAAUGUACCUCCACCUGGAGUAUAUAAGGCACCUAUGAUCUCCUUAUCUCCUCCCCCGCAUUUUUCUGGUAAUAUCCAGAAAUGUAGGGGAUUUCUCAGUCAGAUUGAGUACCACUUUGAGGCCUCACCUCAGUGGUGUAUCCUGGUUUUGUGCUGCCCUAGGCAGGACAAAACUCAGACGCCCCCCUGCCCCCGCGCCACCCCCACCCAACCCUUCCCUCCCGCCCCACCUUCUAAAUACACACACACAGUCAGACACAAACACACACACAGUCAGACACAAACACACACACACACACAGUCAGACACACACACACACACACAGUCAGACACAAACACACACACAGUCAGACACAAACACACACAGUCAGACACACACACACACACACACAGUCAGACACAAACACACACACAGUCAGACACACACACACAGUCAGACACACACAUAGUCAGACACAAACACACACACAGUCAGACACACACACACAGUCAGACACACACACACAGCCAGACACACACACACACACACACAGUCAGACACAAACACACACACACAGUCAGACACACACACACACACAGUCAGACACAAACACACACACAGUCAGACACACACACACACACACAGUCAGACACAAACACACACACACAGUCAGACACACACACACAGUCAGACACAAACACACACACAGUCAGACACACACACACAGUCAGACACAAACACACAAACAGUCAGACACACACACACAAUCACUCACAUUAACACUUUUUUUUUUAUUUAACUCCCAAAGGUAAGGAGGCUGGGGGGGGGUUCUCUUUCACCCUGGGGGUCCAGUGGCUGCCGGUCGGGCUGAUGGGCUGGUUGCUGGGCGGGCGGCUGGCGAGGGAGAACUUCCUUUGAGCGGUCUGCUCAGCUCCCUCGCGCGCCGCAGAGUGAGGCUGGGAACCGGAAUAUGACGUCAUCAACCCGGCUCCCAGCCUCUGCGGCGCGCGAGGUAGCUGAGCAGACCGCUCAGAGGAAGUGCUCCCUCGCCAGCCGCCCGCCCAGCCCAGCAUGUCUGUUAGCCGCAAGGCUAACAAGGCAUUUGCCCUGGGCAUUUGGGGGCGGCGUUUUUUGCCGCCCCCUGAAAAAUGCCGCCCAAGGCAAAUGCCUUGUUUGCCUCGCGGCUAAUAUGUUCCUGCCUCACCUGGUUCAUUUCCUUAAGAUAGAGCUAAGAUUGGGUAUCUGAUGAACCAACUUAAAGGUAAUGCCUUAACUUGGGCUAAUCCAUCAUGGGAAAGUAAUAGGAGUAUCGCUCAGUGUUACCAGGAAUUCCUUACAGAAUUCAAACUGACGUUUGAACCAUUAGGCAGAGAGGAAGAUGCCAAAAUGGCUCAAAAAAAGUCCUGGAAAGGGCUAGAGGGCUGCAAAAGGAAGUAAAAUGGGGGUAAGAGUAGGAGAAGUGCCCUGCAAACAAAUGUGGAUAGGGAAAUAACCUAAAAUAACAUAAAAUACAUACAAAUUUAAAAUAAUAAUCUUGAACUAGGAGGAGGAGGUGGAUGUGGAGUAGGAGGUUCAGGAGGUGGUGACCAUGGCGGUGUAGGUGGAGGAGGUAGCCAACACUGUAUUUUUUUUUUUUAAUUCGGGUAGCCCCCAAAAUAUUGGGACAUAUAAAAAAGAAAACAAAGAAUAAGUGCACUUGAGUAUAACAAUGGCUGGGUGAGGCCGGUAUAAAUGUCUAUUCUGCACAAGGUACAGACAAGUCUGGUGGGAUCUAUGCCCGGUUAAUUUUAAUAAACUUUAGCUUGUCCACGUUGGCUGUGGACAGGCGGCUGCACUUGUCUGUCAUAAAGCCUCCUGCCGUGCUAAACACACGUUCAGACAAUACACUGGCUGCAGGGCAGGCCAGCACCUCCAAGGCAUAAAGUGCAAGCCCAGGCCAUGUGCCCAGUUUGGAGACCCAGAAGUUGAAUGGGGCAGACCCAUCAGUCAGUACGUGUAGGCGUGUGCACACGUACUGUUUCCCCAUGUUGCUGAAAUGCUGCCUCCUGCUAAGACGUUCCAUAUCAGCUGGUGGUGCUGGUUGUUGCGGCAUGAUGACAAAGCUUUUCCAAAUUUCGGCCAUGCUAACCCUGCCUUCUGAGGUGCUGGCGGCGACCUCUUCCUCCUCCUCUGCCUUCUCCUUGUGCUUCCACUGAGCCCCCGGUGUCAGUUGGGAAUGCCCUCAGCAGCGUGUCUACCAGUCAUCGGCACUGGCCAUGUUGGUGGAGUACUUGAAACAGCGCAACAUGGCACACAGGCAUGGAGGCCCACUCAUUGGUGGUGAAGUGGUGCUGUUCCGCAGAGCGACUGACCCGUGCAUGCUGCAGCUGAAACUCCACUAUCGCCUGCUACUUCUCGCACAGUUUCUCCAGCAUGUGCAAGGUGGGCACGUCGCAUAUAAGGCCGUGAGUGGGAAGGCCAAAGUUACGCUGCAGUGCAGACAGGCGAGCAGCAGCAGGGUGAGAAUGCCGAAAGCGCGCACAGAUGGCCCGCACUUUAUGCAGCAGCCAUGAUAUAUCUGGGUAGUUUUUCAGGAAUUUCUGCACCACCAAAUUCAGCACAUGAGCCAGGCAAGGGAUGUGCGUCAAACUGGCUAGACCCAGAGCUGCUACGAGAUUUCGCCCAUUAUCGCACACCACCAGGCCGGGCUUGAGGCUCAGUGGCAACAACCACUCAUUGGUCUGUUGUUCCAUGCCCGUCCACAGCUCCUGUGCGGUGUAGGGUUUUCCCCCCCAAACAUAUAAGUUUUAAAAAAGCCUGCUGUCGUUUCCCCCCUGGCUGUGCUGAAGUUGGUGGUGAAGGUGUUACGCUGACCAGAUGAGGAGGUGGUAGAGGAGGAGGAAGCAGAGUAGGAGGAGGCAACAGGAGGCACAGCAUGCAAACCACUCGUGUCUUGUUGUCAGCACAUUGUCUGAAGAACUGCCACGCUAGGGAACUCCUUGGAGCUGGCUUUGGUGUGCUCGCACCCUGGGUGUGGUGGGCAGUAGCAGGCAUACUGUCUAUGCACUCCGCUUUUGCACCCUGCUCCCUCUUAUGCUGUGCUGGUGCCUCUGUGCGAUCACCGCCUCUUCCUCCAAACUGCGCACGUCACUCGCAUAACCUUGAUUCUAUGUGGGGUCUCGGACCUCAUCAUCCUCCACAUAAUCUUCCACCCACUCCUCAACCCUGCCCUCCUUGCCGGUCUGCACACUGCAGAAGGCCACAGCAGUUGGCUCCUGUGUUUCAUCAUCAUCAGAGAUGUGCUGCGGUGGUCCUCGCCUGUCCACAUCCUGAAACUUAAGUGGUUGUGCAUCAGUGCACUCAAUCUCUUCGACUUCUGGGGCAGGGCUAGGUGGAUGGCCCACGGAAACCCUGCCAGCAGAGUAAUCAAAAAGCAUAAGAGACUGCUGCAUGACUUGUGGCUCAGACGGCUUGGCUGAUUUGCAAGGGGAUGAGGUGAAAGACAGAUGGCCAUGGGCUGCAGGUGCCAACUCUGAGCUUUCAGCAGGGGACCGGGUGGGAGAAAAUGUGAAGGAACUGGAGGCACUGUCAGACAUCCAAUCUACUAUCGCCUGUACUUGUUCUGGCCUCACCAUUCGUAGAGCGGCAUUCGGGCCUACCAAAUAACGAUGAAGGUUCUGUCACCUACUCGCACCUGAGGAAGGUGUUUCACUUGUGCGUGUAGCUGGUACAGAUCGACCACGUCCUCUCCCUGCAACAGGAGCUCCACCAACAUCAGCAGCACCACGACCAGGGCCACGUCCCUUAUUUGACGCUCUCCUCAUUCUUUGCGUUAACCCACCAAUGGUUUAUGUCAGGUGACAAUGUAACCGCCAAUAGUCAACAAUUAAGUUCACUAACAGUAAGGCAGUGUCGGUGUCCUAAAGAGAAAAAUUUUCUCGAGGUCACACAACAGUGUGACAGGCGUAAUUAAUACAGUUACUUCACUGUCUCAAAAAAAUGUGAAUUUGUCAAACAACAAUGUAACAGUAGUAUUUAAGGGUUUUAUUGGACUGCAAGAAAUGCACCGCAGGCUGCAAAUGUACUAUUUAGCACAAAAAAAAUUUGAAUUUUUCAAAGUGCGAUGUAACCACAGUAUUUGACAGUUCUAUUUGACUCUCAGAUAUGAAGUGCACGUCCCAAAUUUACUAUUUAGCACCAAAAAAAAAUAUGAAUUUUUCAAAGUGCGAUGUAACCACAGUAUUUGACGGUUCUACUUGACUCUCAGAUAUAAAGUGCACGCCCCAAAUUAACUUUUUAGCACCAAAAAUGUUUACAUUUUUCAAAGUGCGAUGUAACCACAGUAUUUGACGUUUCUGUUUCACUCUUAGAUAUGAAGAUCACGCCCCACAUUUACUUUUUAGCACCAAAAAAAUGUGAAUUAGUCAAACUGCGAUGUAACCACAGUAUUUGACGGUUCUAUUUGACUCUCAGAUAUGAAGUGCACGCCCCAAAUUAACUUUUUAGCAUCAAAGAAAUGUGAAUUUUUCAAAGUGCGAUGUAACCACAGUAUUUGAUGGUUCUAUUUGACUCUCAGAUAUGAAGUGCACGCCCCAAAUUUACUUUUUAGCACCAAAAAAAAUGGGAAUUGUAACCACAGUAUUUACAAAUGCCUAGAUGUUGCCCACUGAGCUACCAGAACAGGAAUAAAGUAAUGUGCCUGGCACGCAUGCAGUUGCAAGUGCACUGUACUUGCAAAAAUGGCCGCCAAUGCCCACCUAACAAACAGACUGAUUGCUUAUUUCUCUGUGGCACUGGGCUCAGGGCAGGGUACAAAAAUGUAGUAUAUCACCCACAAAAAUAAUCGCUGUAGUUUGCAGAUUCAACACCAGAAUUCUUUCCUAAUCUGUCCCUCACAGCUGCAGCAUCCUCUCUCUACACUAAUAAGAGCUCAUGUGACGUGUGGCGCUACGUGACUUCAGCUUAUAUAGAGGCUGGGUCACAUGCUGCACUGGCCAAUCACAGCCAUGCCAUUAGUAGGCAUGGCUGUGAUGGCUUCUAAGGGCACACGAGUCAAACGCUUGUUGAUUGGCUGCCCUGCAGCUUUUCAAAACGCGCCAUUAAAUCGUUGAACACCGAACUCGAACCCGAACUGUUACUGAAAUGUCCGGGUUCGGGUUCAGGGUCAAAAAAUCGUAAUGUUCGGUAAAGUUCGGAUUCGCUCAACUCUACUCGUGACAUCUUUGCACUAUUAUUUUUAAAUGCAGCGAAUAGACCGAUUAUAGUAUUUUGCAACUAUUUUAUCAUAUUGUGUGUAUCAUUGCAACAUUUUAUUAUACUUAGUAUUGUAGCUGAUUAGCUCACGAUAUUUUUGCGCUCUAUCCUUAUACACAGAUAAGAUUGAGUAUAAUGUGUAGUUCUACCUAGCACCAUUAGACAAAUAGUUAUUUCAACUAUUUGUUGUCCAGUGAUAUUUUAUAUACCAUUGAUAUAGGACGAGCUAUAUUCCUUACGACAUUAGCUAUUCUUGUGGGUAGUUUACAUUAAUUUAUCUUUUAGUAUAGAACAGUUUUUGUUUGUUUUGGGCUCAGUACUAGCCACCUUGGUCCCAGGUUUUUGGUUUCCAUCUCCCUAUUCCCUACACACAUCUCCUGUUGCUACUAUAUUAAUAAAUUGUUGCCGCAAUUGUUGCAAUAUUGAUACCAUUUAAUAUUGAAAUUGGUUAACUAACUAUAUUUCUGCACUCAUAAAUUUUGAAUGCAGGAAAUAUUGAACUUUUGGCACAGUCGUCCAUAUUAUAUUACUUUGCUAGUGUCAAGGGUGUUUUCUGCACCAAAAACGGUUAAAGUUGUUUGAUGCCAUGAUACAUAAUUAUAUGGUAUUUUACCAUCUUAGUAUUCCAUUCCUAUAUGCUAGGUGUUGCAUCCUCCAAUUUUUCUUUUUUUGUAUAUUGUAAUAAACAGGGGUCAACCCCUAACUAGGAGGCUUUGCAACCAUUGGCUCCAUUUCUCUUUGUCUUCUUCUCUUUUCUUUUAAGUGAACUUAAUAAAUAAUGUUCUAAGCCAUUUGGCUGCACUGUCUGGCCUCAGGUUUUGCAUCCCACCAUGAAAUAUCCUGAUAUUCCAGUGGGACAGGAAGGCCCUGAUGAUAGUAUUAGAUUUAAUGUAAUAUGCGAGUAGUUUGAUUAAAUAAGUAAAAUAUUGUUUUUAUUAUUGCACAUAAUGGAGGAGGAGGUUAGUAAAAUGAUUUUCUAAAGUGCUCCGCUGAAGAAAAAUAAGUGAAAACUACUUAGUGCUAUUUCCAGGUUCUCAUAUUCUGUUGUCUACCCUCUUUGUCCCAUGAGUGCCACCACCUUUUUUACAUGCUGCUAGUGACCAACAUCUCCAGUGCUUAUCAGUAGUUGGUCAUGUACAAUAGGAAUGUUAUCAAUUCAGCUUUGUUUCAUGUUUAUAACUGUCUCGCUCUGUCAUUGCAGGUCUGGGUUGAUGCAGCUGCUCAGAUAUUUUUUUCACUUGGCCCAGGAUUUGGUGUGUUACUUGCCUUCGCCAGCUACAAUAAGUUUCACAACAACUGCUACCAGUUAGUAUCAUAUGUACGUUUUUCCUUUUUGCCGCUCAGCUGAAAACACUGAGCUAGAUGUAACUUUUCCCACUUCCUUUACUUAAUUUGACACAAGUUUAAAGUCCCUAGUCCAAAUAAUUACCCCAGAGUAAAUUACAAAAUUGCAAGUUUUUUAGAACCUCGAUAUACCUGUAAUUCGCAAUUAUUUGAACUAUUGUUUUGUUUUAGGGACGCUCUUGUGACCAGUACAGUAAACUGCAUGACCAGCUUCAUGUCAGGAUUUGUCAUAUUUACUGUCUUGGGAUAUAUGGCGGAAAUGAGGAAUCUUGAGGUCUCUGAAGUGGCCAAAGACACAGGUAACAUUUGGGACUGAGCAGAGUCACUUGUUGGGAUUUAUUAAGGGUCAGUGACAAAUGAUAAUGUUGGUUUCUGGUGAUUGUCUUUUCUAUCAAAUGCUUCCCCUUGAAUAAUCUUCUCUUGUCUGUGGUGGUCUGCCAAUAUAUCACAGUGGCGGUCCGCCAAUAUAUCACCACCACGGAUCGAUUUUUCCCCGAAUAAAACAGUUCCAAUAAUCCUGAAGUAAAAUAUCACCAGUAUCACAUAUCCCCCCACACAUGAGUUAAGGCUUAAUGCUGGGAGUAGAACUGUUUAAUGGAAGCACAGUCACAUAAUUUAUACAUGUAUAAAACUCCUCCCCUGUGCCUGAGAGAUAAUUGAGUCAGGAACUGUACAAACUCAAUUAUCUCCAGGGACAGAAAAAGAUCAAACUUUCAAACACCCCAAAAGUACCCCCCAAAUCCAUGGAAACCCCACAAUAGUCACAUCCCCGGAUAUUCCUGAUCUGAGUGACCAUCAUAUCCAAAAAUCGCUCAGAUCAGUUCAGUAGUUUUGGAUUGCCAUCGUAGGGAAGUUUUGACCGGUCUGCCACGAGGUUGAAGCCCAAAUUAGUUCCAGGGAAUUUGUGGCAAGAACCGGUCUCCAUUCGCAGGGUUUCUGUACGAAAACCACAUUGUUCAUACAAAAUCUGAUUAGUGUAGAAUGCUCCCCUCAUUUGGUAGUUCAUAGCUCCCGAAUGCCGUUCAUAUAGGUGGUCGGAAACUCGAACGGACAGCAGGUCUAUCUUCACCAGCGUUCACGGAAGUGCCUGGCCAAAUUCAGUUCCAGACACUCGAAGACCAAGUCCCACUUCCUGCGUUCGGGAGACAAGAUGGCCCAGUGGAGCAUUCUAUUAAUUGUUUUACUUUGCGGCUUUUGUACUUGUCAGUUCAGUGUUUCAUGUUCUAAUGAGGUUCUGGGGUGGUCCUUAUUCGGGAACCGAACAAGGUGGGUACGAAUAAAAUAAACGAAAACCCAUUAACAAAAUAUGCCGAACCAAGUGAAGGGGUAUUCCUUCACAUUGUCCUUCUGAGAACUUACCUUACCUGGGUACCCCCAUUCUCACCUGUUUCCCCACAGUUGGUAAUAAUGAAAAUGAUCUGAGAUUUAUUUAAAUUCUCUUAUAUUUGAGUGAUCUAGCUUUGUAGCAGAAACUCUGAACAUUGUAAAAUCAGAUGAUACUUUGUGAAUUUAAUAAUCACAGUAAAAAAAUUGACAUUGACUUACCCAAAAUUAUUCACAGACAAUGACCUUUAAUCUUUGUUACACCUUUGGUCCAUAAUAACGUCAACACAACCACAAUGCAUCAGGGUAUGCACCCAAAUAUUACUAUUUAAACUUUAAUUAUAAAAUCCUAAAUUAAGAAUGAGAUUAACAAUACUAAAAAAAAGAGCACAGCUUUGGCUUGUAUUAGGCUGUGCGGAGGGGCACACCUCAUACACACGCCUAUGUUCACAGUUUUAUUGAGACUUCAAAAAAAUUUAAAGUUUCAAUAAUCUGUAAUUAUCUCAAACUUAUGCUUGAUGAUCAGGUAAAUCAUAUAGAGUAAUGAAAGCAAGGAGUUCUUUUUCAGCACAAACCAUACAAGAAAAAUGUAUGCUUCUUCAUGUGUAAAAAUCUUUCUCUAAAUUCAACUGAAUCUUUUGAAAUUACUAUUGCACAACCGUUUGGCACUAAAGUUGGAAAACCAACUACUACCCUCGCUUGUUGAACUCCAAGUCUUUUCAUUCACAGCCUCCCUCAGUACAAGUGCUGCAGGACAUGUCGACACUAUAUUAAUAAAAAAAAAUAGCUUUAUAAAUACAUCCUGGAGUGUCAUUGGUUGACUUACCCUCAAAUGGUUAAUAAAAACAUAUAUCACUGCAUUCCAUGAAAUUAAUAAAACCUGUGGGAAUACCUAAGCAUGGCCUGGGUUUGCUGUGAUCAUGUUAAAGUGCGCUGGAAGAAUAGCAGAUGUCCGCAUAUGAUCAUUUUUCUUAAAGCUUAAAAGCUGUACCAGGCCCCAAGCUACAAACUGAGUAGAACGAGUACACAAGGGCAACAGAGGUAAGGAGUUUUAACCUGACAGUGCCAUGUGUGAGUUUAUCGGAGUAUCUUUAUUCUGAUUUCCCACUUCACACACCGACACACACAGGCACACAAAGAUUUACAGAAAAUGAAUUCAUGUUUGGUGAAAAAAAAAGAAGUUAUGGGCAGUUUGAAAAACAAACUGAACUCUGAGGCUCUCGUCCCAACAGCUAGAACUGCAAAUUUCACUGUCUAAACCACUGAUCAUCAGCAAAGUUAGUGAACUGCAAACUAUUUCAAAUAUCUCAGUAAGCCAUGACAGGUCUGUAAACUGAGUUCCCUGAUUGACUGCUGCUAAUGAGGUGCCUCGCAAUCCUCCACUAAGAAACUGAAUUAAUUUCCAGGACAGUGAGUAUCUCCAGAUCAGUCUGACAAAAUCCCUCAUUGUCUGAGAAAGAAACAAUCUCAAGGGUUGAAUGUGAUUGUCCUUCAGUGUACAGAAACAUUCAACAAUUAUUUUGGUAAUAGUUAAACAAAAAUUGAGAAGUUGUACCUUGAAUUAUAUCAGUAAUUUUGAAGCUAUGGAGUUAUUAAACCACAAAUCAGUCUAAGUACGUAUUUACUCACAGAAACUCAUACAAGACCCCUAAUGGCUGAUGGAUUGUCUACAGUAUAAGGGUCCCUGUGUCUGGUCAAAUAUUCUACUCCCACUUCCAUUAUUUGUAAAAUAAUAAAUAUUAGGAAUUGGUGGUCUUUCUUCGUAAUAAAAAUAGAAAAAAAAAACCUUAAUAAUUACUCAUUAUGUGACACAUUGUCAAAAAAUAAAACUAUAGCGGAGCCAAGCAGCCGAGCUGAAUGGCCGCACAUUGUCUGAGCUCUGACCGCGGAACCCAAACAAAUACCGCACAAGACCCUAAAAUUAAGCUACCCACGACAGGGGAACCCCCCACGAGACAGUGGACACACCAUGGGUCGCAAAUCAAAGAAGAUGAGGCCAGAAAAGCCACGGAUGGGCUUCGAUAUCGGAGACAUGCUGCGGCAGGCCAGCGGAGGGACGAGACCAAAGAUGGCCGACCAUCCUGCAACGUACUCUGAUCUCUCAGACGACAUGUCCCCUGACGAGGACAGCAAGAUCCCACUUGCAAACCCAAGAGUAGCUCAACAGCACACCGACCGAGACAACGCACCAGUGACGGCGGCGGUGCUGAAAGCACUCCUGGCAGAUCUCCAGAGGAACAUUCAGACGGACGUUGCAUUAAUCCGCACGGAUUUACAAGGCCUUACGGGCAGACUGGCGGUGGUGGAAGCCGCGUCCGAUACCCAGGCCCAACAGAUUGCCACACUUCAAGAGGCGGUUCGGGGGCUCCAGCGCCACAGCGAACAAGCUGAACGCCGCUUCUCCGCAAUGGAAGAUUGGAGGCGGAAAAAUAAUAUAAAAAUUAGGGGCAUCUCGGACGAAGUGCCGACAGCGGAAUUACCGCACCUCCUAAGGUGCCUACUAAGCACUAUACUUACCCCAAGACAGGGCAAGCUGGUGGCAAUAGAGGGGUUCUUUCGUGUACCCAAAUCCCCAAGAGCACCGGACGACUUACCGAGGGACAUGGUCAUCCAGCUAAUGAGCGGGAAAGAUAAAGCAGCGGUGAUGGCGGCGGUCAGGGACCACGUGCCAUAUAAAUUUGAAGACAUGUCUCUCACCUUCUUCCCGGACCUAUCAGGGAGUACACUAGCUUGGAGAAGAUCGCUCCGACCCUUCACAUCACUCCUCCGACAGAAGCAGAUUCCUUACCAGUGGCGGCAAUCCCGUACCCUAAUGAUCCAGCACGGGGGUAACAAGCUCCAGAUCAGAGAUCUCGAAGAGGCAAAGGCCACACUACCCACCCUCAACCUACCUCUUGACGCCCUGUCAUCUACCGGAGCGGAGGCAGCAGGCCGCAUUCCACACCAAUGGAACCCGGACGCAGUGAUCUCGUUCUCCCCCCGACGGCAGAACAAGGGAGGAACUGCCGCGGCCAUCACCUGAGGAGAUUGAUUAGAUGGACAGCCCGCUAAUACCACGUCCUUAGGCUCAGCCUAGGGCACCAGUUUAUAAUGUUUAAAAUGCAAAUUUUUCUGCUCCCUGCUAUACACAUUUUGGCCCCAUGUUCCAACCUAACCCUACUGACAUGUACACAGAAGUGAGCUCUUCCACAAACAGCCCACCUGAAGCUCGACAGCUCUCCUUGAGCCACUUACACUACCCCCCACACACACCUCCUAAGACCGAAGUACCUAUAACACUGCUUUGACAAGUACCGGAGGCAGCCAGCAACGAACCUCUAAUACACUCCAGCACACACACUAGCUGGGACACACUUCAGAACGCAGCGCACCACCACUGUAACCCAGUUAGAUCUAGGCCACAACACACCAGAGAUGCAUAAGAGUGCCUGGAGUUGGAGGGCCAACCAUAUACCUACCAUCACACAUAGUCUGUGUCACACUAUACCCCACCUUAACGACAACACUUAAAAAUGAAAAAUGUGCCAUGUAAAUGCUUGCCAUGAUACUGUUGUUCCUUGACUGCAUUACUAUAGUUAGGUAUAGCUAUCGUGGCAUACCGAACUUGUAUGUUAAUAUGUGCACAACAUAAAAAAAAAAAAAAAAAAAAAAAUUAAACUAUAAAUAAAAUAUGAGAUAUAAAUAUUCUAUAGUACAUAAAAAUGAAAUUCAAACAGUCACUCAAAAAUAUGGAUAUAAAAAAAAGAUUCUUUAGCCUUUAGGCCAGUGGCUGGAAUAUCUAAAAAAGGAAAGCUUUUUGGUUGCCCGUAACAUUUAUAGACCCUUACCAAACAUUUGGUACCCUACUUCUAUUGUGAGCCAAUCACAGUGCAUCACUGGGAAACACAACAUUCCAUAAGGAUUUCCCAGUAAUGAUACUGAAUAACACAUAUCCAUUGGAUGUCCUUCAUUCCUAAUUUUUUUUCACCAUGUCUUUAUUUUAUUUAUUUUUUUAAUAUUAGUUGUAUUAUGCAUUAUGUAUAUUUUUUAUACUCAGGCUUGGAGGAUGGAGAUCCCAAUUAUGUGCAGAUAGUAUGAACGUUAUUGCAGUAGAUUUAAAAUGAUUAUUAAAAUGCUAUAAUGUUAUUUGAGUAAACCUCUGAUCUUCUGUUAUAAACAUUCAGUUUGGGUUAACCAACCAUCAGUGGUUACCGGUUAGUGUAAUCUUGAAGGCUCUUUGUUCCUCCCAGCGAUUUCUUGUACAGCUGGCAGUAAAUGACCAUAUGGUGUCAUUUUAAGUCUAUUAUCUCUCCUUCAGUGAGCUAUGUUUGUAUGACUGAUACGUAUAAUUUUGUGUUGGAGUCGGCUUUAUCUGUGAUAUAUAGGACUCGACCUAAUAUUGUUGAAUACGUUUUCCAAAUGAUUUAAUAAUUUUUGAUAAACUUUAACAUGAUUUCAUAUUCUGAAAAAUAUGUAAAUCUUGGAAUGAUAUCAUAUUUUUUAUAUAUUGAUAUUGGUUUAUAUGUUAUAACUUUUUAACUUUUUUUUAUAUUUUGAAAAUUAAUUUUAAAAGUUUAUCCAAAAAUAUGAAAUAAUUUGGAAAGCUUACUCAACAAUAUUAAAUCGAGGCCAUAAUGUUUUGGAGAAGGUUGACCUCUUUCUGGCAAGGAUAGUAAAAUGCUAGUUACUAAUCCUGUUGGAUGCAGUUUGGGAUUUAAAUUACCAUUAAUAAUCUAAAAUUUUGUCUUUGCUCCCAGGACCCAGCCUUCUAUUCAUCACCUACGCAGAGGCCAUUGCGAAUAUGCCAGCUUCCACGUUCUUUGCCGUUAUAUUCUUCUUGAUGUUAAUCACUUUAGGUCUGGAUAGCACAGUAAGUGGGCAUUUACUAACUCAUGCCAAGAAGGAGUAUGAAUGGUGCAUUAAUAGAAUUAGCAAUGGUGAGCUCCGUAUAAUAUGUACUGCAAGCAUUCCUUUUUGACAUAAUUAUGCAUUUAAGUGCAGUUUAGUUUCAGACAUAUAUCCACAAUUCUCACAAUGAUCCAGUACCGAGGUUGCAGAUAUUGAGCCUUUUUUUAAAAUUGUGAAGUAGAACACAUAUAUACAUCAACUAGCAACAACAACAUAGGUCUAAUAAUAGAAAGCUACAAGAGAAACUGACUACUUAGCUUAGCUUCCCCCUUGAUGUAAUAUUGUAAAGUGCUGCGGAAUUAGUUGGUGCUAAAUAAAUACCAAAAAUAAUAAUAAUAACAAUGCCACCCAUUGUGGGGGUAGGUUCAUAGUAUUAAUGAGAGACAGAGGAUCUCUUUGCACCAUACCAUGUAUAAGGUAUUUACGUGUUUAUAGCAUUUGGAGUGUCCCUUUAACAUCUGUGGAAGAGUCAAGAUUUGGUGGCUACAUGGGGGGAAUUAGAAAGGGAUCAAGUCUUAGGAAUACUAGACUAUUGUGGGUGGCCACAAUUAUACUAUUUAUCUGAUAAAAAAUAAUACUGUGUAGAUGACCUGAUAGUCCUAUCAUAGAAGCACGCUUACUGCUGUUAAAUAUUCUUGUAUCUUCUCAGUGUUCUACAUAUCUCUCCACUAACAAGUUUGUUCCAUGCAUUGCCCAGUAAACAAAAUGUCUCUCUGUGUGUAGUUUGCAGGUUUGGAAGGAGUCAUAACCGCAGUGUUGGAUGAAUUCCCACAUGUAUGGGGGAAGCGUAGGGAGCUCUUCGUCUUUCUUCUCAUCGCCGUCUGCUUUCUUGGGUCACUGUCAACACUAACAUUUGUAAGUACAAUCAAUAUACUUCUGAUCCCCCAAAAAUUAUUAUUCACCAUACGUCAUAUCCUUAUUGUUUAUUUUAAAAUGUAGUUAACCUUUUUUUUUUCAGGAUCAUAGUAACAAUGUGAUUAUUAUAAUAACAACAGAGGGUAAAAUUAAACUUCAUGACCUCUUUUCAUAACACGGAAAACAUUUUUCGUUCAGAAAAAAAAAACAAAAAAAAACUUUUGAAGUUUAAUAUGAACUAAUUAAAAUGACAAACAUACAAGCCAAGAUUUUGUUCUUGCCCGUAUGCGUACUUGCUGCCAAAAACAGAGUUACUCAUAGUAAUAGCACAACUUUAUUUUUAACUUGUGAUCUUGAAAUACAAAAAUAUUUCUUUUAAAAGCUUUGUUCUAUUUGGAAUAUAAAAUGGACUUUGUACUAUACAGAAUUACAACUGGGUUUUGCAGAUGAAAAUAUUAGUUUUAGGAAUGAAACUAUCCUAGUUAUGUAAUGGAAACCAACACUUACUGUCCUGGUUAUGUGGUGGAACCCAACACUCACAGAACCUAAUUUAUACCACGUAUUACUGGGCCUAAGAAUGGCAGGAUUUAACUUAUAGAAUGGUCAGAGAGAAAGCCGAGGUCAAGAGUAGGAGAAAACAGGACAAACGAUAAACAAGCCAAAGUCAGGAACACAGAGAGUAGAGAGAUGGUUAAACAAGCCAAAGUUGGUAACUAGGAUUCCAAAUACAAUAUAAGCGCACUCUUGGGUAAUCAAGAACCACAAUAGGGCAACUUGCUACAGGAAACCCUGGCAUUAUAUAGCCAGGGCACUAAAACUAUUGGCUGGCAUAACCUUGGAGCGCAUGAAGACCCAAAUUCGGGCAAACGCUGAAUUUGAGUACUUUUUCGAUUCGUUUGUAAAUGACGUUGUUCUGAUGUCGGCAUGACUGAUUACAAAUAGACGCGCAAGCAUAGCGUGCAGCUUCUGUCCCACCUUUGGAUUAGUGAGCUCCGGAACAAGUAAGCAUUGUACAAACAAAUUCCAUAAAGACCUUUCUGUGUAGCAUUUAAUAAAUAAUGCACUUAUAUUUGAUUAUGCAUUCAGAUUCAGCAGUAUUAAUUCUUCAACAUUAAAGUGGCUCUAUCACAAUCUUGGUUCUUUGUAUAAUUUUAAAAGACCCCGAACAGCGACUUUGCCGCUGGGGGUCUUGUUGCCACACUGUGCAGAGGAAGGUGAGUUAUACUUACCUGAACCUUUCCCUUGUGACUGCCACCAUGCUCUUCCUGUCGAUCUUGAAGUGGAAAAAGCCUCCAUCAGCAUUGUACUCUCGCGCAUGCUUUGAGACAGAACCUUUUUCCCGCAGCCAUCACUAGUGAUUACUGGGUGCUUGACAAGGUUUGACAAAAGAUGGCUCUGCCUUUUUGCCAAGCUUGUCAAGUGCAGGAAAACUAAGACAAAGUAAUCCAUAUUUUCUCUUAGUAUAUCUUUUGACUGAGCCGGAAUCUCAGUGAAAUUCCAACGCAGUCAAUGUGAGUAUUUCAUAGAGAUUGUAUCUUUAUGAAAUACUUAUUUUGGGGAUUGGGGUAAAAAAGGCUGCUUUAAGCAAACCUGCCAUCCACAAACAUAAGAGUAACAAGGGGGCUUUUUGGGAUAAAUUAUACCUUUUGUUAGUAAACUUGUCAAUUUACUCAAUUAACGGUGUUCGUAUUCUAGAAAUUGGAUCUCAUCUGAUUUAUAUCCAAAAUGGAAGUCUGUACCCAGCUUUAAUGUAGCUUUCAUUUAUACUGAUAGGCUUAGGUAAAAUAAUAAGGCAUAUAAACUAAAAUAUUCCAUGUAAAACAAAAUGGUAUGUAUAAAUUGUACGUAUAAAUUUGGAAGCAAUUUUCUUGCGCAAUGCAGAGAUUAACUGUAUCAUCCUUAUAGUGCAUAUGCAACCACAUUAAACAAAACAUGAAAAAAAAAUGUGUUAACUAUCUAAUACUGAGCAUACCUCUAAUAUGGAUAGAACCAGAUAACCAUAUUACAAGGAAGACUGGUCUGGCAAAAUAGAUAAUACUGUUGACUGCUUUUGGAAUAGGUGCAUCUCGUAUAUACAUAUACAUAUAAUAAAAAAAAAACACAAGGUGACACACACAGGUUAAAAUGGCAAAUGAAGGUUAAUUUACCACACCUGUGGCUUUUUAAAUUGCAAUUGGUGUCUGUGUAUAAAUAGUCAGCUCUUACAUGGAUGCACUGAGUAGGCUAGAUACUGAGUCAUGGGGAGCAGAUAAGAACUGUCAGGAGACACUUGGUGUAUUUACAACAUAAUAAUAGGAACAUCCAUAAUAUAACACUGGGCGUAUCUACAAUAUACUACUUGGGGCAUCUAGGAUAGAACACUGGGUGUAUGUAGGAUUUAACAAUGGAUGAUACUAUACUGGGCGCAUCUAGGAUGUAAUAUUGAAUGUAUCUAAGUUAUUAUAGCACUGGAUGUAUCUAUGCCACUUGGUGCAUCUAAGUUACCAUCUAAAUGAUCUAUUUCAAUGCAUAGACUAUAUGUAUGGUAGGCAAUAUUCGUAUAAAUAAAACGAGACACACAAUAACCACAGACAACGUUUAAUUACUUUUCAAUGGGCUUGGCCGUGGUGUUUAUUCAAAGCUCAAGGGGCAUACAACCAUAACUUUGUAACCAUAACCAUAUAACAUAUGGUUCACCAACUUUCAAAACUUUUAACUUUAUUAACCACCAUAUUGUCAGUCAGUCAUAACUAACCUGACCGCCUUUUAUUUAAAACCCUUACCACCAUAUCCUUCCUCAGAACUUGACCCUGAGGAUGACUUUUGCCCUAAUGCUUCAUAACACUACGACAAUACAAUUAAAUAAAAGUAAAGUGGGGGUGAGGGGGUCUGUCCACACCAUUCCUGCUUCAGUCCACUCUGACAGGACUAAACUUGUGCUGCUUCUUUUUAUACUGUUCCAGUUUCCCGCUCUUUUUCUGCUUGCAACGUUCAACCAAUCCCAGGCCAGCUCCAGCCCCCAGCAACAGUUGUGUCAUCAAUUCUGCCCAGAUACCUGUCUAAAUGACCAACUGCCACAAGAUGUAAAAUUCCUCACAUUCAAAUCCCAGACAAAACAGAUUAACUCUUUCAUUGCCACCAUGCAUAUAUGCCACAGUGCUUAGUGCCUGUGCCUUCUUUUUUAAUGUUCCUUCUCUGUGACGUAUUGCCAUAUUAAAAAAAUCAUUUUAGGAAAGAAAUGCCAUAAAAUGAUCUAACAUUCUGGAUGCACCCAUCAUAUAUGAUGCAUAAAAUAGUCUUAGCCGUCUUGCAAAAAUGGGUUUCUUUUAUUUUUGUUAGCAUUGGUACUAAUAAAGUUCACCCUACAAGGAUAAAACAGUGCAUACCUUGUGUAGUGUAUAUACACAAUACUCUCUCAAUACAUGUCAACAUGUACAGAUAGGACUUUGUAAUGAUAGCCAUUGAGAAUGACACAGAGCGUAUCAAUGAGAAAGCGCUGAUAGGAGACACAGAGGUGCUUAUCAUCACAAAAUUCUGUUUACAUAUGAAAGCUGUUUUCAAAAUGUAAUGCAAUUAUUUGCACAAUUUAAAUUUCAUCGAUGUAUAUGUUUGUAGGUGAGAGUCAACACGGCAAAGUAACAGUGUUACAAAAAGCAAAUAUAAUUGUAUUUUGUUUGUCGUUUGAAUAGACCUUAAAUGUGCUGCCGACAUACAACAGCAUUCAAGCUUUGUUAAUAUUGACUCAAUCAAUUAUUUCCUUAUUAUGAGACUGUCUACCAAAAGCAAUGCUAUUCGCUACUUUAACCACAUAAUAUGUAGCGUUUCUGAUGCUUGACUGGAACAGCUGCUGGUGGAAAGGCACAAGUACCAGUCCUGAUAAUUUUAAAAACAUUAAAGAAACUCUAAAAAGCACCAUAACAACCUAUGUUGUGGUGUUAAGAGGUCCCCUCUCAAUCGCACCCUGCACACCAAAAUUGUGAUGAUUUGCAAAUACUGUUGCCUGCCGCUAUAAACCGGCCAAUUAUAUACAUCAGAAAGGGAAGCUAGACUUCUUUUAAAUAUUUAUGACCACAUCCAUUAUAGUCCAAACCUUCUCUAACAGAGCCUGAGCUAUACAUGCAUCACCAAGCGGGUAGUCAAAUCAUUUUUAUUAUUUCUAAUUUAUUGGAAGCUCGUUUGGGCAGGGCCCGCUUCACUUACUGUUCCCAUCUCUCAAACAUGUUUUGUUAGAGUUACUGUUUGUCUUGUUUUAGCCAUUGCACAGCGUUAUGGAAUAUGUUGGCGUUAUAUGAAUAAUAGUAAUUGUAAUAAUUGCAAUUGUAUAAUAUUUAUCUAUGUAGUCCGCCAAAAGGUCUAUGGGUAAAUGCAAGCCUGGAGUGUCUCUAACCGUACAUUGCAUUUCAACUGAUGGGUUGUGCAACAAGAUAGUCAUACUGUACAUAAAACGUUAGCUACUGUAUCCAUUUAGAUAGGCCCUGUCUUAGUAAAUCAAGUAAUUCUUUACAUGUGAUGUAUUUGUUUCUAGGGAGGAGCUUAUAUGGUUAAGUUGUUUGAGGAGUAUGCCACAGGUCCCGCCGUACUUACCGUGGUAUUCUUGGAGGCAAUAGCUGUGUCUUGGUUUUAUGGUAAGUAAAUGCGAAUUAUAUUUUAAACAGACUUAUAGUGGGGCCUAUACUAACCAGGGACAGCUAAAUAAAUACUUGUAAAAAUUUACAGGGAGUUUAAAAUUUAGUAAAACUUAACUUUCUGUUGAAUAAUCACAAAAAAAAAUAAAGACAAUACUGUGUAUUUAAAAUUUUUGGUACUAAAAUACUACUAAUUUGUGAAUGGUUAAUUAUUAAAUUUACUAGCCACCCAUUAUUUGAUUGGUCAUUAAAAAAAAAAAUAUAUAUAUAUAUAUAUAUAUAUAUAUAUAUAGGGGGCGGGGCCGGGCAGCCAUGCCAGCAGGCUGCAUAUCACAAGGGCUCCCCGAGGAAUCGAAGAAACUCAGGGUAUAUAACCACCUUACCCGGCUUAUACUGACCCGGGGGUCCAUGGCAAGAAGCUCUGUAGUGUCCUGGUGUAGCUGGGGCGCCCGAAGCAGGGUGGCUCUAGGUCCUGGUGAGAGACUCUGGGGCUCGGAGAUUGAGGCCUACCCGGGAAGCGAGUAGGGCGGAAGGCCGCUGCCUCGCUCUCCGCCCGACAGCAACUAUCAUUUGCCUGGCGCCCUCCUGGUCCCGUUACCCCCAUCUCGGCCCCCACCAGGCAGGCUACCGCUUUUGCAUCUCACCUGGGUGGCCCGAAGCCAUAGGAGAAAGGCUACCACGCUCAUCAAAAUGGCCAACGGCUGCACAGCAACUUUGCUGACUGGGACGGUAAUCCCUCUGAGACACACACACAACCUGAGCUGUUAUCACAGGAGGUCCUUAAGGGCUCUUGAGCCCCCACGACACUGGCACAUGCAUGCUGACAGGUGAAAACCACCGCAGCCAGCACUUCUUCCACGUACCCGUGUCAAAGCGGCAAUACUCGAAGCGCACUCUUUGCACAUCAGACCGAGCAAGCUCCAUCCACGAUCAGUGCUGGGAGAAUAAACUGAAACAGCCACAAGCAUUGACUGCACGGUGCUACAGCCCUCGACUGCACACCAAGGCUUACAAGGCACGGCACUCAAACAUGCCCAUCAACUGGGAAGCUAUGGCGGGACUAUAGGAUCUCAUAGGGUAAUCUCCAAGAACUCUCCCCACACCUAGGCAUGGACUAUGACCCCGUUGUCUCACGCUUUGCGCUCAGUUGGAGCUGGCGGUGACCCCAGCCGUUCACAAUAUGAAGCAUAAUGUACAGUAUGCGUUGACUAACAUACACAACCUCUGCAUAUAACCUUGUAUAUAGUUAAUUUUUGUUUAAGCUUAAUACAUACUGAGGGAGAUAGCGGAAUGUGUGAUGCUCUGCCUGGUGACACCCUGCUUUAAUGAAAAUAUUAGCUAAGCUGGAAACUGAAAUAGAACUGCAUACUUCUCUUUAGUCAGCACUGCAUAAUCUAUCAUAACCUGAAAUGUUCAUUUAAUGUCUUAUCUACUGCAUGUUAUGCUGUUACUGAACAAAUUUAACAAAAAAAUCAACCUUAAGCUACUGUUUCUAAUCGACAAAUAAUUCACGACAGACGUAGUUACCCAGCUUGUAUUUAGCUUGUAUUAUUAACCAAAAAAAAUUUGUGUUUUUCUCUGAUGCUGUUCAGCAGUUAGCAAAUAAGUGCUUGUAAACUGUUUGUGAAUGCUGUUGUGGCAUUACUGAUAUACGAAUGUUAAACCAUGCAUAGCAAAAAUAAAGAAUAAUAAUAAUAAAAAAAAAAAAAUAUAUAUAUAUAUAUAUAUAUAUAUUAUAAAUACUAUAAAUACAACAACAAGUUGUAAUUAUUGGCAUGUAUUUUAUUUUUGCACUUUAUUAGUACAUGGAAUGCAUUAAUUACAAACAUGUGUAUUAUCAGGAGUCCUGCAUUAUAGCCCAGUAAUCUAAACAAAAAAGAUACAUAUUUAAAAAUAUAUAUUUAUUUUUUAUGUUUACAUUUUUGUAGAGUGUUCCUUUAAGAGUAUAUAAUCUGGCCCUGCCCUUUAUUAAUACAUUGAUCAUUUCUAACUUUUGUGUUGUGAUUGCUCUGAAAACACACACUACCCUGACUGAAUGCCAGAAAAUGUUAUUGAUUGAAUUCUGUUGCUGGAUUGUGAUCAAGGCCAUAAUGUCCAAAACGUAGAACUUAAACAAACCGGAGAGCAUCUUACUGACCAUUUAAAAUGCAGCAUAUUCCACAUGGUUAAGAAAGUUUUGUUGAAAUCCCAGCGGGUCAGAACGGGCCAUUGAUUCAAAAUGGAGUGAACUUGAUAGGGUCCCAUUGCUGUGCCAGUUUUCUCUCAGGAGCUGGCAAAGUAGCAGUGACCUGGCAAGAGACCUAGAUUCUCUAGGAGUAGAUUUCUUUCUGAUUUGUCAGUGCUGCAAUAAUGCCUUACAUCGUUAAAUCAGAGUAGAAGACUCGGGGGCAUAGAGACCUCUACCAUACCAAGGCAUUCCUUGAUAGAUCGGAAUAAAAUGUGAGAUCAUAGCCCUCAAAUUUAUGGGAGUCUUCUCCAUAUCUGCCAAACAUAAUGAAACUUUGUCCCAGCUUGUCAAUCAGAUUUCUCGUUCCAGAAGAAGGGACUAUAGCUGACUUAGGGAUACGAUUACGAUGUAUGACCAAUGUGUGCUAUGUGAUAACAAUGCAACACUCUUCUCAGUAGAUGAGGCAAUUCUGCCAAUCAACAUUAUCUGAAAGAACCGUGUGUGAUUAUACUGCAAUACUUAUUGUAUUGUCUGUGUUUCUAUUGCAUAUGUUACCCUUUGCACUGUGUCAUUCUAUUGAAUAUGCUACUUUUUGUUCUGUGUUUGUUAUCCUACUCAUUGUACUAUUUGUGAUUCUGUUUCUACCGAUUUUUGUUUGUAUACACGUUGUAGUAGUUAUAAUCCCACUGCAUACAAAAAAAACCUCUAACAUCUCUUACAGGUAUUAACCAGUUCUGCCGCAAUGUAAAGGAGAUGCUUGGUUUUACUCCUGGCUGGUUCUGGAGGAUAUGUUGGGUGGCUAUAUGUCCUUUAUUUCUUCUGGUGAGUCAGCACUUGUAGCACACAAACAUGUUAAUGCUUAAUUAACAAUGCCUUUGUCAUGCAAGAACAAUAAAGUAAUUUGUGAGAUGGGACUUUAAAUCAGUCCAUAUUAUUUGGAAUCGGGGUUAUAAAUCAGUCCAUAUAUCGACACUUGACUUUUUACUGGUGCAUAGCUGAUAUCACUGCAAAAAAAGUAUGUAGUGUUUAAAACAGUUAUAAAGAGAGUAUAACUUUAUUAGAACCCAUAUUACACGGAUCAUUAAAAAAAUAAGGAAUACAUUAUCUUAUAUACAAUUAAUCCGGCAAGACAAAAAUUUGAAACAGUAGCGUCUAACCUCCACUGAUCUUGUGUAGUCCAGCAGUCGACCUUUGUAGAUGUCCAAAAUACUAUAGAUAAAUUACAAUGGCUUACUCCAUGAUCUUAGAAACAAAUGUUCUGCAGUUAUCGUUGGUUUAGAUAUCUAAAAUAUGUCAAGUUUAUUAUUGUACUCCAUGAAAUGUAUAAUGUAGGUGUGUAUUUUUGCAUCUCACUUUUCCAUGUGCUUACUGUUCAAUGCUUGGGAAACUAUAUUUUAUAAAAGAUUUAACAAUUCACUAGAGCUCUCGAAAUAUCAGAAUUUACUCAGCUUUGAUUUUAGCCCCUUUAUAUGGUACAUUACUUUCCAAAAUUAGCUUUAACAUUUCUGCCUUAAACAUUAUGCUCUGGACGGGCCUGAAGAACAUUGUUAGGAAACAGACAGUGUCGGCAACAUUCUCUUUGCCUUUUAGGAAACAGUAAACACAGUAAGCCCUUAAACACAGUAAGAGCUAUUAAUAUCUGGCAUUGUCGUAUAUUCUAAAACUAGGUAGAUCCGCCUCGGUUAAUAAUAAAAGAAAAAGAAGAACAGGUUUACAGUAAUAUGAAAUCUUGCAGAGGCUGAUGUUUAAUCUGUUUCAUUUUAUUAACUGAGUAUAAACAGGUAAGCUUUGCAUAAGCAUCUGUGAUUUCACCGAGUAAAGGUGAUUAAUAUGCUUUCACAAUGGUUACUAUGCAUACAGCUAGUAAAUGUGUUUGCAAAUAGAAACAGAGAAAGAAUUAAAAUUACAUAUAACCUUUUAUCCAUGGGAUGCUCUGUUUUCUUUGAAAUUCAUAUUAGAGAUUUGGCAAAUUACAUAACAAUCCAGUUGAGUUCAGGCACAACCACAUGCAAGUAAUAAGAAAUAAAAUAGAGACAUAAAAAAGUUAAAGGGACUCUAUAGGUAUCAAAACAACUUUAAUUUAACCCCUUAAGGACACAUGACAUGUGUGACAUGUCAUGAUUCCCUUUUAUUCCAGAAGUUUGGUCCUUAAGGGGUUAAUGAGGCAGUUUUUGUAUAUAGAUCAUGCCUCUGCAGUGUCACUGCUCAAUCUUCUCCAAUUUUAGAAAUUAAAUCUUUUUUUUUCUAUUUAUGGAGCCCUAGCCACACCUACCCUGGUUAUGACUGACACAGCCUGCAUGAAAAAAAAAUGGUUUUAUCUUCAGUCAGAUGUUAACUUACUUUAUAAUUUUUUAUCUCCUGCUCUGUAAAUUGACCUUUAAUCACACACAGGAGGCUCUUGCAGGGCCUAGAAGCCUAUUGUAUAUAUACAUACAUACAUUCACACAUAUAUGCAAUUUUUAAUAGGUGGUGUAACAGCUUCCUGAUCCAAGUUUGGAUCUAACUACCAUUCUGGGGUCAAGAAGAACUUUUUCCUAGUUUGUUGCAAAUUGGAAAGCUCUUCAAACUGGAUAUUUUGCCCUCUUCGAAUCAACAGCAAAAACUGAUGUGAGAAAGGCAAAACUUGAUGGACGCAUGUCUCUAUUCUUGAGGCACACCAAGAGAUGAGAAUGUAUGCAAAUCCCAUUCUGUUCCAGUGGCGAACCUGACAGACCCUGCACUGAACUCCUCUAGAGCAGGGGUAUGCAACCGUCGUCAUUCAAGAUGAUGUGGACUACAUCUCCCAUAAUGCUCUUACAGCCAUAUUGCUGGCAACGCAUCAGGGGAGAUGUAGAAAUACACAAGAAAAAAAGGGAAGGCAGCCUUGAAAAGUAAAUAUUAGAACAUAACCUUUACUGAAUUUUAUAUGAUUUAUAUGAUAUGAUAAAAUCAGGGAUUAAUAAUAAAAAUCAAUGUGUAAUCAAUAACACCCCAAUCAUAUGGAUGUAAACCAAUCAUAAGAUAAAUACAUGUCGUUUGGUGUUAUUCUAAUACCACUGGCAAUUUGUAGACAUAGAAGCUGGAGGAAUAAUGGCAGAAAAUAACAGCAUGGAGAGACAAUGAAGAAGCUACUUCUAUGUCUGGUUCCAAUACAAGUUCAUACAAACUUUACACUGUGUGUCCUUAUUUAGAUUCUUACUAUUUGUUCAAGUCUUGAUUUCUCAGUUAUUGCUAUUAUCAUUACACCUAACAACAUGUAUUUACGACAAGAUAUAUUUUAUAAAUAUAUACUUUUUUGUUUCAAUUUGACAAUUUUUAUUGGUUUUCAAAGGAGAACAUCUCAAAUAUAUAAUACAUUGACAUAGUUGUAAUGGUUUGAUACAACUGAUAUCGAACAAAGUACAUAUACACAAUAACGGUAUCAUGAUUAGUGGACAUUCCUCAGGUCGGGGUGUGAAUGGUAAUUUGAGCAGGGUAGAGGCUAUUUUUGCAAUCAUAUUCCAGUAUUGUUUGAGUGAGUGACAGGUCCACCAAAUGUGGAAUAUUGUUCCUUUAUCAAUGUCACAUCUCCAACACAUUGGAGAGGCAUUGUGAAAAUAUUUUUUCAAGCGGGUGGAGACUUAAUACCAUCUAUACAGAAGCUUCCUGACUAGCUCCAUAUGGCAGACGAAUGUAUGUUGUAAGGGAGUGCCCAUUGUUCCACCAAGACAACCUUUUUUAAAUUUGUCUUUCAUGAUGUUAUAUACCUUACAUAACACACACACACAUUUUCUUGUUAGGAUGCUGCUGAAAACAAGUUUUUAAAAAGAGGUCAAAGGCAAGUCAGAUGGGAACAACCCUUAUGCAGGUUGAGUGGUGACUAAAAGCAAUUUAAGUUGGAGAUAAGAGGAAACCAUGUUACUCGGUAGAUGGGAAGAAAACUCUAUGUUAGAAAAAGAUUGCAAUGUACUCCCGUAGAAUAGUUGAUAAAGAUGUCUGAUCUCCUGAGUCACCCAGGGUUUACUAUAAAAUGUGCAUGUACCUAGGGACAGGGAAUACAGAGGUGUUGCCUGUCCAAUAGGGGCAUAUCUGUACAAAGAGUUUCUAGACAUGUCCCACAGCUUAAGCAACAGUGCUGUGGUUGACAACAUUUGCGCAGUGAAAGUCUCAUAUGAGGUAUUAACCACAGAAGAUAAUGUAAACCUUUUAGGUCAUGUCCAAAAUGACUCAACAUUCACCCAUUGAGGUCCAUUAGAAUUUGGGUGAGAAGAAACAACUUGACUCAUAAAAGCUGCCUUAAAGUGAAAGGUUCAGCCCCCACUGUCUACUGGUCUCUGCAGAAGGUUUGUUGCCACUCUCCCUUUCUUAUUUUGCCAAAUAGAAACAUACAAUGUGACGGCAGGUAAGAACAAUUCGGCCUAUCUAGUCUCCCCAAUUUUCUAAAUACUUUAAUUAGCCCAUGGCCUUAUCUUACGUCUAGGAUAAUAAAUCAAUAUAUGUUUGUGAAAUAAAUUUUACAAACAUAUAUUGUAAUGGGUAUCUGUUAUGUUCUAAGAAGAUAUUAGAGUGUUGGCAGCAAGGACACCUUGAUGACUGCAAUCCUCCCACCCCAAAACAGGAAUUUCCCUUCCCAACUCUUGAGAAUCCCUGCAAAUUAUUUUAUCAUUUUAGCAGAGAUACACUGAAAUAUGUUUUCUAAAUUCUUUGUAAUCUUAAUUCCUAGAAAAGAGAGAUAACAUUCAGUCCCUUAGCCCAAAGUCCAGGGCCUGUGUCCUUAAGAAGAUUAAUUUAAAAUAUGAAUAUUUGCCAAAUUCUUGCAACUGAUAUGGAGAUUUGGGAGAGAAAUAAGAGGUUGUAUUAAGGUUGAGGAGGAUGUUGUCUGCAAAUAAAUGUAAUUUAGGUUUCCUGCCACCUCUUCUACUCUGUGUAUGGAGUGGUUCGCACUAAUGAUUACAGCUAGGUGCUUUAGAGCCAAAACAUAAAGCAAUGGGGGAAAGGGGUACCCGUGCCUAGUUCCGUUAGUAAUUAAUAAUGGUUCUGAAACAAACCAGCAUUCAAAAUACGAGCAGAAGGGGAGGGAUACAAUCAGUGGUGUAUCCUGGUUUUGUGCUGCCCUAGGCAGGACAAAGCUCAGGCACCCCACCUCCCCUGCACCACCCCACCCUUCCCCCCUGCCCCGCCUUCUAAAUACACACACAUUUACUAGACACACAUGCACUAGCUAACACACAUACACAUUAGCAGGCACACAUUCACUAACAGACACGCAUACACUCUCACUACAAGACACACUCCCUGACAUACACACACACUAACAGACACACACUCACUCACUAACACACACACACACUCACACACACAAACACACAUUUGUGUUUUGUUUUUUUAAAUUCAACCCCUCCUUACCUUUGGGAAUGCUGGGAGGGCGGGGGGUUCUCCUUUUCCCUGGGGGUCCAGUGGCUGCUGGGCAGGUGGCGCUGGCGAGAGAGCACUUUCCCCUGUGCGCUCUGCUCAGCUCCCUCGCACGCCUCAGAGUGAUGCCGGUCACCUGGAGCCGGAAUAUGACAUCAUAUUCCGGCUCCCAGCAUCACUUUGCGGCGCGCGAGGGAGCUGAGCAGAGCGCUCAGGGAAAGUGCUCUCUCGCCAGCGCCACUCACCUGCCUGGACUGUUAGCCGCAAGGCUAACAAAACAUUUGCCCUGGGCAUUUGGGGCGGCUUUUUUUUGCCACCUCCUGGAAAAUGCCACCCAAGGCAAAUGCCUUGUUGGCCUUGCGGCUAAAACGUCCCUCGAUACAAUGCCUUAAUAGCCCAAAUAUAUCCAGGACUGCCUCAAGGAUAAUCAUAUAAAAAUGUAAAACGUUUUAAUAUUUACUUUUCCUUUUAUUCUUGUGGAUUUCAAUAUUCAUUACAGGGUAUAAAAAUGUUUCUGGCAACCUCUAUCAUUCCUUUCUAAUUAGCUUACAGUUUACUAUCAAUGGAGAUGCAGUCCACAAUUUCUAGAAUGCAGACGGUUGCCUAUUCCAACCACUUUCUUUAGGAAACCAGAUCAAAUAUCUGUCUUACCACAGAACAUUUGAUUAGUCCAACCGCUGUGUGUUUUUGUGCUUUUGCUUUUAAAUACCCUAAUUUUGUUUAUUUUAUCUCCAGUUCAUCAUUUGUAGCUUCCUGUCUAGUCCACCUGAUCUCCGCCUUUUUAAUUACAAAUAUCCGAACUGGACUGUUGUGCUGGGCUACAGUAUUGGGACCUCCUCAUUCAUCUGUGUUCCGGUGUACAUGGUUUAUCGGCUUGCCAGCACGCCAGGCUCAUUAAAAGAGGUAAGUAAGACAGCAUAACUAAUUGCUAAAUGUUGUAGAAUGUCAAAUCUUACACUGGUUCCUAAACAAGUGGACCACACAUGGUAGUGUGUGAUUUUAAAAAGAAACAAGUGCAUUUGUUUGUACAAGCUGUUUGAAUUAAUUGAUUGAAAGUGAGUAGGAAGCUGUAUGAUGUAAUUUAUGUGUGGAUGCUACAUUUUUCUCAUUCACUCAGAUAGGGAGCCAAUGAGUGGCUGAGCCAGAACAAGGUUGAAGCAGACAUACUAAUUAGAGGCAAUUCAGAGCCAGGGAUUAGCUAAAAUGUGUGUAUGUGUAGGCAAACCAAUGUGUUGGGGAUGUGCUUUGUGUAUCCAGUGGUUGUAGUGUGUGCAUGAAUUUGGGGGUGUGAUAUGGGUUAUAUUGUGUGCGGGUGGUGAGGAACUCAGACCUGCACCUCCACUGGGUAUAGACUGAGUUUGCGCGUCUUGCAAGUCCUGGUAUUGUGAAGUAUUGGAGCAUUGCCAUGGUAAUCUCCAUCAAUUCUCUGAAUCCUCUGGUGCUCGUGGGAGGAAUACUCUAAGUCUGCACCAAGUGAAGGUGCAGGGUACAGUCUCAUAGGUCUCCACCACCACCACCACCACCACAGAAGGCUGCAUUUGGCUAUUGAGUCUGAUCUUUAAUCUCCUGUAGGAAAACUGCACGCUAUAUUAUAUGGGGUAAAAAAAACAUCAUCCUAUAUACCAAAAAUACAGUAAUUUGUACAAGUGUCAGUUAAAUUAUGUGAAUACCUUGUUUUUUGAUGUCUUGAAACUAAUCAAUGAGGUCCAUUUAGGUCAAUUUAUCUGCUUCAGCUAUUUUUUUUUCCAAGAAGAAUUGUAGUAAAUGUUAUGUUUCGGCAUGGGGAGCUGUUUGACUGAAUAAUACUAGUGCAUUUUGUAACUAAAAGUUUGAAUCUUUUAUUUCUGUAUUUACAGCGCUUUAUUAAGAGCAUCACUCCAGAGACAGCUACAGAAAUCCCCAUGGGUGCAAUUCACAUGAAUGCUGUGUAA